GGCUGAGGGCAGUGCGGACACCGGGGGCAGAGCGGGGGGUGGAUGGGGGGAGACCCGGCGGCGGCUCUCAUGCUGGGCUGAAGGAGGAGGCGGCCGCCCGCUUCCCCUGCCCGCCCUCACCUCCCCUCACCUGUAUGGACGAGCACCGCAGCCUCCUGCACUCACCCCCGCCGUCCUCCGCCCGGCACCGCGCCAACACCAACCUGGUGAACCCGGGCUACACGGACUCCGACACCAUGACCGUGGCGGCCUGCGAGAACAUGCUGGAGGAGGCGGCCGCCCGGCCCGGCGCUCACCGCCGCUCCUCGGAGGAGGCGUACGGGCAGGAGCACGAGUGCUGCGAGCGGGUGGUCAUCAACAUCUCCGGCCUGCGCUUCGAGACCCAGCUGAAGACCCUGGCCCAGUUCCCGGACACGCUGCUCGGGGACCCCAAGAAGAGGAUGCGCUACUUCGACCCCCUGAGGAACGAGUACUUCUUCGACCGCAACCGGCCGAGCUUCGACGCCAUCCUCUACUACUACCAGUCCGGGGGCCGCAUCCGCCGGCCGGUCAACGUGCCCAUAGACAUCUUCUCCGAGGAGAUCCGCUUCUACGAGCUGGGCGAGGAGGCCAUGGAGAAGUUCCGGGAGGACGAGGGCUUCAUCAAGGAAGAGGAGCGCCCGCUGCCCGCCGGCGAGUUCCAGCGCCAGGUCUGGCUGCUCUUCGAAUACCCGGAGAGCUCGGGUCCGGCCAGGGGCAUCGCCAUCGUGUCGGUGCUGGUCAUCCUCAUCUCCAUCGUUAUCUUCUGCCUGGAGACUUUGCCCGAGUUCAGGGAUGACAAGGAGUACAACGGGCCCCCCGUGCUGCCCCCGGUCAACGGGACCGGUCCGUACCUGAGCAGCUCCUUCACCGACCCCUUCUUCGUGGUGGAGACCCUGUGCAUCAUCUGGUUCUCCUUCGAGCUCCUCGUCCGCUUCUUCGCCUGCCCGAGCAAAGCCACCUUCUCCAAGAACAUCAUGAACAUCAUAGACAUCGUGGCCAUCAUCCCUUACUUCAUCACCCUGGGCACCGAGCUGGCCGAGAGACAGGGCAAUGGGCAACAGGCUAUGUCCCUGGCCAUCCUGAGAGUGAUCCGGCUGGUGAGGGUGUUCAGGAUAUUCAAGCUGUCCAGGCACUCCAAGGGGCUGCAGAUCCUGGGGCAGACAUUGAAAGCCAGCAUGAGGGAGCUGGGGCUACUUAUUUUCUUCCUCUUCAUCGGGGUCAUCUUGUUCUCCAGCGCUGUGUACUUUGCCGAAGCCGACGACCCCAACUCUGGAUUCAACAGCAUCCCUGAUGCCUUCUGGUGGGCAGUGGUGACCAUGACCACCGUGGGAUACGGGGACAUGCACCCGGUGACCAUAGGGGGUAAGAUCGUGGGCUCCCUGUGUGCAAUAGCUGGCGUGCUGACCAUAGCCUUGCCUGUACCUGUCAUUGUCUCCAACUUUAACUACUUCUACCAUAGGGAGACCGAGGGAGAGGAGCAAGCCCAGUACCUCCAUGUUGGCAGCUGCCAGCACCUGUCCUCCAGCGAGGACCUGAAGAAAACACGGAGCAACUCGUCACUGAGCAAGUCAGAGUACAUGGUGAUAGAGGAAGGGGUGAGCCCAGGACCCUUCAAGCAGCCCAGCUUCAAGACUGGCAACUGUACGACCACCAACAACCCAAAUUGUGUCAAUAUCAAGAAGAUGUUUACCGACGUGUAAUGUGUGUUCGAUUGGAAUAUUGGGUGGGUUUUAAAACAGCAAUGUGAUAUGUCACCGCCAUCGACAUCAGCGUGUCCCACUUCUCAACAAUGUUUAUUUCUGAGCCUCUAGAAUGGACAUAGCUUUACCCACGUCCUAAAUACCAUGGAUGAAAUGGUGCUAGUGCUAUAGGCAAUGCUAUGUAGUGGCAACUGCUCCGGAAGGCUGUGAGGCUGUCUCUUAUUUUUGGUUAUCGUUUUGCAAAAAUGAGGACAAGUCGCUGGGUUUUUAUUUUUAGUUCUCUCUCUCUCUUAUAUUCAAGAGCUGCUUCUUAGUUUUGCUGGAAUUCACCUCAUUAGCCAAAGCACAUGGGAAUGGAGGUAUAUAGAGUUAUCAGAAGCACACCAGGCAAAACUAAAAGCAAAGGUCUUAUGAUUUACCUCUCGAGCCUCAAUGUAAGCGCACAUUUCUUGUUAAUUUUAUACUUGGAUUAUCAUAUCCUCAUUCUCACUCGUGAACAAAGGCGGGAGAACACUGGGACACGCAUCAGUUCUGAGUACAUAUCGGGGCAAUCUCCUUUGACAGAGCAGAAAUGUCUCUGAUUGUAUGAAAAAAAAGAGUAAAUUGGCACUUAGUCCUUUGCAUUAUUUUUAAACAGGCAAUUGAAACUGCAAAACGUUUAGUAAGUCCCCAGUUCGUGCCAAGAAAGCUACAUUGGCAUGCAGCAAGAAACAGGUGGAUGCUGCAGAUCUAUUUUCUGCUAUGAAUCAUGAUGCUGUUCGUGACAGCCUACAUGCUGUAAAAGAAGAUUAAAUGGUUGGACUUGCUUUUCUUCGGAAGUUACUAAUUCUGACCCGAGUGAUGCAGUUCCUAUGGUAACAUGGGUUUCCUGGGAAACUCCACUGGUUGCCAUGGCAUCCUUGUUCCCAUAGUAACCAUCCAGAUGGUUCCAAGUUACAGACAUGCUGCUGCUGCCAUGAGAAUGCUCUGAGAAAGUUAAUCCCACCGAGAUUUGCAAAGUAGGUAUGACAAUUUGAACAUCACCUGCGAUCAAGGGAAUAUGGAGCCAUUCAUAACCUCAUGAUAAAUUAACAGUCAUUCUUCCAAAACACUGCAGGUGGUGCAGCUUAUUAAGGCACUUUAGGUACCAGAUCAGGAGUUUGAUGCAAACAGGAAAUGAUGAAGCUCAGUAAUAUCAUGAUUUUUGAGGAGCAAAGUCAAUCUACAAAUAAACUGUAGCAUCCAGCAAGCACUUUAUAAAUUACACAUCAGCACUUAUGUGACUAUCCAAGUAAAUCCGCCUUAUGAGGAAGUAAAGUCCAUGGUAGAUAAUGAGAGGCUAUAAGACAUCCAGCACUAGAAAAUACCAACUUGGACCUGUCUAACCCUUUUGCUAAAGGCAGUGGUGAAUCUUAAAGCAAGGUAAGCAUUUGUGUAACACUGAUGUGCACUGCUUAUUUAAUAAUUAGGCUCAUGUACUGUACCUACCUGUUUUCAAAUAAAUAUAUGUAUGUGUAUAUAUAUAUAGAAGAAGACUUUCAUUUUGCAGGAGGUGGCUUAGUGCAACUCACAUCCUAAAAUAAGCAAAUCUUCCCCCAAAAAGGAUAUAUUUGCCUAUAAUACCUUUUAUAGGCAAUAUCGUACAGGUGCAGGCCUGCCACCUGUUUGAUGUCUCUGGAAUAGGAGGAACAAAAACAUUUAGUAACUAACUGGAUAAUGUAAAUGGUAAAAAUGUAUGAUGAGUUGCAUCAAAACCUGCAUGGUGGGAGGCAUUGCUGCUGAUAAUGUGGUAGAGAACCUGAUUGGAAGGUCCACAAUUAAGGGCUUUUAACAAAAAAAAUGAGGUUCAUUAAGUGUGAGUAUUGUUCAGCUGGCCACCUAGGGCUUAAUGAGCUUUUCCACACUGGCAGAUAUUAGCGUAUGUGAAAUGUAUCUGAAACCUGUGUGGUUACCUUAGGGCUCAUCUUUUCUACCACACCUGCAUGCGUAAUUAAACAAUAUGCUGGACCAUAGAGGACCAUAUACUUGUACUGCCACAUAUACAGGGUUAUUUACUAAAGUGAGAAGUGUCUGGAAUUCAAAGCAAUUUAAGGCCAAAGUAGCUUAAAAAUUCAGCUAUACUUGCAGUUCAAUUUCAGCUGCUUUAUCUUAAAUAUAAGGUACAGUUGGAAGUAUUGACAAUUCACACUGUAGUAAGUAACCCUCAAUGAUGCAUACCAUAACAUAUACAAAAUUACAUUUAGUUUGUUUCUUUGCCCUAUUUAAUUUAUUCCACUUCUUAUUUUUUUUAAAAGUUUUCAUGAUGCAAUUAUAAUAGUAGCUCUGCUCUAAUAUUUACAGAAUCUUUUUAUGGGAAAUCAUUUUCUUUUUCCUUUUAUUUUUUGAAAACAUUUUAAUCUUGUAUAGAGCUGUGCUUAAUGCAAUUACAGUGCGACUAUAUGGCCUAUCUAACUUAGUGCACCCUGUGUCUACUGGUUUCUAUUAUAUUUGUCUGCAUUGGUGAUCAUGCAUUUUGUGUGUUAUGUGUUGCUUACAUAAGUGAAGUAGUAGGCAGGUUUGGCUUAUCUCUGCAUGAAUUUAAGGAACAUUGGUUGAGAAUAGUUGAUUCAUGUUGGUCAAUACUCAAGCUGUUCACCAACAGCCACUUUAGAAAAAAAUGAACAAACUGAAACAACUUUAACAUGCUGACUUGAACUAACCUUUACAGUACCUGUCAUGUUGACUUCCCAAAUGCUGUUCCUUAACAUGGAAUGUCAAAAUUCAGCAGUGGAGCCAGUACAAAAGUUAUAUAUAGAUCAAGGAUAAGACAAUGUAUGCUGGUACUUCACCUACUUAUGAAAUGGAAAGUUCAAAGUCUGUUCCUUCCUUAAUUUCCUGGGUUGUGGGGUGGAGCAGUGCAUUGGUACCUGAGCUAGGCAUAACAAACUACCUUCAUAAGACCUCAAAACCCCUGUUUACAGUGCCUGUUGGUGCAUAAUUCUUCAAUUCCUAUUAGUGUCCAAAGAUUGUCUAGAGCAUGGGUAGGCAACCUUUUAGCAGCCCUGUGCCGAAAUAGGAUUGUGAUGUCUCAUAGCAAGCCGGUCCUAUAUAUUUUUUUAUUUUUAUUUUUUUAAAUUGAGGUGUGUACGUUGCCGUAUUCUGGUUGUUAUUUAUACUGCAGUUGCUUGAUAUCAUUGUAUUUGUGCGUAUACGAGCAAUUAUAUUGUAUAUGUUCAUGAGUAGUUUGUGGUAUCGUGUAUGAUUCCCCAAAUACAAUCUAAACUGACAUUUCUCAAAAAAGAAAAAAAAAUAAUGAUCUGGAAAAAAAAGUUAAUCCAAAUUAAUCAAACAAUGCCUAUGUUCUGUUGGUAAAAAUAGACCUCCACACAAAAUAAAAAAGCAGCAAAAAAAAGUCUUGUCAGCAACAAGCAAAAACAACAAAUUGAAAAGAUCAGCAUACUCCGACAGAUGUGAGAAUAAUAAACAUCAUGAUACCAUGAAUAGUUCUCCAAACUAGUAAUCAUUAACAUACGAGCCAGUGAGAUGAAUUGAAUGUUGCAGCCAAUCACAUAUUUCUUGUUUUUCCCCAUAGACUAAAUUCCAAUCUAAUGUGUAUUCAUUGCAUGCCACUGGCAACGUUUUUGCAACUAUAUUUUUGAUAGAUUGCUAAGUGUAAAUUCUUCAUGAAGCAAUCCAUUAGAUGUCUCUAAAUAUUCUUGACAUGUAGAAAAUCCUGGUUCAAAAGGAGCCAUAUUCAUGUAAUGUCACAUUACAAUCUCCAUUGGUACUUUCAAUGUGGUUAAAGUACAGUGGAGAUUUAUUUAUUAACCACUUCACAUCCAAGUGAAUUAGGCUACUGACCAGAAAUAAGAACUAGAAACAAGAGACAAUUUUUGAACCUGUAGUGGAAGAGUUGAUGAGGUGCUAUUUUCAAUUUAUUUAUUUUUUACUAAACUCAGAAUUGUUGUUGUUUUUAAUUUUUUUUUUUUUUUAAUUCUUUAUUUUUGUCGUGCAUUUAAUUGUAACAAAAUGCGCAGCGUACCCCAAAGGCAUUCCUUGCGGAAAUAUUCAACAGUAUUAACUGGGGAGUAGUCAGAGGUGCAAGCACAUUUUUCUGUUUAUAUUAAAAGCGUGUGGUCAGAAUAGGCUGGACACAAUGUUUUUAGGUAAGCUAGUAGCUGCACUUUGCUAUGUUAAAUCAUGAAUGUUGCCUACGCUGGUAACAUAUUGUAUGAUAGCAUGGUUAGUUAACAAAUCUAGAAAAUAGGAUAUGAAAUGCUUAGCAGCGUUAGAAUGGUAGGCUGUGUAUGUAUACAAUCGGUCGGCCCGUCUGAGAGUGCUGGGGAGGCAUAGUUGACCGGCCCGUUCACCAAGGGGUUCUGGACUCCAUAGACAUAUUUAUUAUGACCUUUGUACCUGUUGUACACUGCAAAGGUUUAAGUGCGCCUGUUCCAAGCUAGCAUGGUUGGGGCUCUCAUCGGUCAGGUUGCCGUUUGGGGGCUAGCUUUAAGUCAGGUACAUACAGGCAGAGUGUCGCUGGACUACUGUGUGGGGGGGGAAUCCAGCCGUCUCGCUGUGAAUUUUUACGCCUGGCUAUGGCCAUGUCUUAUGUGCAAGGCGAAUCCCAGUGGAUUCAGGCGGGGGGGAGGGGGGGGGAAUUGGGUGUUAUGGUCCCUGGACUGCUCGUCUGGGGGUAUUAAGUGUGGCGUGACCUGCACUUUAUGAGAGCAGAACUGGUUGGCUAGGGAAGGUGAGGAUACGUCAAAAUCAUAUUCAGAGAGGCUAAAACAUUUUAAAACAAGUUAACAAACUAAAAUGAAAUCAAGUUGAAAUUAAAUCAAUGCAACCGGGGCAUCCCGGUAUUCUACUGCCUGCUGGAUAUCUUCACUCAGGUUUUCCCUGAGGCGCUGUGAGUGUCCUUGGUCCCGCGUGGGACAAAGGGGGUCACCCCUUCUGGAUUCCAUCAGUGGAGUGGUUUGCUUGGUCCCAGGGUUUCAGUUUCGUGGAAAGAGUCCUGCGGCAGUCCUAGAGUGGGCAGCAAGGUUGCCGCUUCCCGUAGGUCUCGGACCUCAUGUUUGUUGUCCCCUUGAGUGACUUGCAGCGUUCGGGCUUUGUGCCAUCUGUAGCGUAUUCCGUUCCGUUGUAAGAGUGUAGUAAAAGGCCGGAGUGAUCGCCGCCAGGCAAGCGUGACUCCAUUGAGGUCAGCAAAAAAGGACAACUCCAUAGAUUCAAAAGAAUAUGGUGAACAGUCUCUGGCCACUGCUAUCACCGCUGUCUUGUCUGUGUGCAGUUGGAAGCACAGGAUGAGGUCUCGGGGUGCCGAGGUCGGUGCUUUGGCCGGCUUCUGGGUCCUAAAGAAGCCAUCCAGGUUGACGUUUCUGGCUUGUUUCGGCGUUAGCAGUGCCACGAAAAGACGUCUCACUAAGUGUGGUAUCUCUGCUGGUGGGAUGCUUUCCGGAAUGCCCCGGAUCUUGAUAUUGUUGGCCCGGCGGGCGCCCUCUAGGGCCGCAAAAUGGCAGUCGUGCACCUCAUUCUGUUUCAGGUCCCUGAUCUCCUGCUGCAGUGUCGUGAUUUGGUUUUUGCAGGCGCCUGACGCCGUCUCCAGGGCCCCCAUUCGGCCAGUCAGACCGUGGAUGUCGGCCCGGAGCGUUGCGACGUCCGCUUGUAGGGUCCUCUGCAGGUCCACCAGCAGCGACUUCAGGACUUCUGCUGUUACGGGUGAAGUGUCCAAAGUUUGGGCGCUCGGGGGCGAUCUCUGUAUCGGAGGUAGGUCGGUCUCUUCACUAACCAAGGAGAAGUCGUCAGACAGCUCAGAAUAUGUCCCGCCGUGGUAGUCGGCCAUUUUGGGCCUGCCAGCCUCACGGGUCUGACGCAGGAGUUCUGCAAUGUUUGGCCCCUUGCUUGGUUUGUCCAGCUUUAAUUUUUUUUUGGUUUUGCGGCCCAUCACCUCCCUCUGUCAUGCAUAAUGCCUGGUGUGCUAGGAUAUAUAUUUUUAUAUUGGUCCCAAUUGGUGAGUUUAGGCCCAAAAGUGCAGGAGCUUGUGUGCCGUGCGACUGCACUGUUCAGUAGCUAGACUCCGCUUUUUUUUUUUAACCCCUUCAGGACCGGACUGUUUUUGCGAUGUUUGUGCGUUAAAGGACCACUCUAGGCACUCAGACCACUUCAGCUUAAUGAAGUGGUCUGGGUGCCAGGUCCAGCUAGGGUUAACCCAUUUUUUCAUAAUUAUAGCAGUUUCAGAGAAACUGCUAUAAUUAUGAAUGGGUUAAGCCUUCCCCCUAAUCCUCUAGUGGCUGUCUCAUUGACAGCCACUAGAGGCGCUUGCGUGCUUCUCACUGUGAAGCGUCCAUAGGAAAGCAUUGUAAAUGCUUUCCUAUGCGACGGGCUGAAUGCGCGCGCAGCUCUUGGAGAGGAGGAGGAGAGCUCUCCGCCCAGCGCUGGAAAAAGGUAAGUUUUACCCCUUUCCCCCUUCCAGAGCCGGGCGGGAGGGGGACCCUGAGGGUGGGGGCACCCUCAGGGCACUAUAGUGCCAGGAAAACGAGUAUGUUUUCCUGGCACUAUAGUGGUCCUUUAAGGACCAGAGCUAUUUUAACACUCUUGUGGUGUUUGUGUUUAGCUGUAAUUUUCCGCUCUCUUAUUUACUGUUCCGAUACAUAUAUAUUGUUUUUUUCAGGACAAAAAGGGCUUUCUUUACAUACUAUUUUUAUCAUGUCAUAUAAUUUAAUUAAAAAAUAAUACAAUAUGGUGAAAAAUUAAAAAAAAAAACACUUUGACUUUUACUUAAAAAAUCUUUUACUGAUCUACAAAAUCGAAUUAAACAAACUGCUAAAUAGAUUCAAAAUGUUGUCUGAGUUUAAAAACACCCAAUGUUUGUGUUUUUGUUUUUAUUUUGCUUUUAUUUCCAAGUUAUAGGGCUAUAAGUACAAGUAGGAAAUUGCUGUUUCAAAAUGUACAUUUUUUAAAUGUAUCAAUAGUGACAUUGUAACACUGUUAUGUCAUCUCCAAAAAACACCCCACAUGUAUAUAUUUUUCUUAAACUAGAUAACCCAGGGUAUUCAUCUAAGAAUAUACUUUCCAUGCAGCCUGUAACGAAUCACCUGGAACCCCGACUGGGUACCUCCGUUGAAGGAUGCUCCUAGCGCUUCCUGAGGACUCCAAGCACUGCAGCAGACACCACAACCACCGAACCGGAGAAGCAUACGAAUGCUCUCAAGCAUAUAAUCAGCUUACACUCCUGGCUUGAAACAUGUUCCUACACACAGUCCUGGUUUCGAAGGGCGAUCAGGACAGUGAAAAGGGGAGUCUGUCCUUUUCCAGUUUUUAAAACAGACCCGGCAAUGUUUCUGGGGGUGUCUAGCAGUUGGCGGUAAUUUAAAAAUAAAAUGUAUGGACUCUACUUGCACAUUUUGUUGGAACUUGUCCAUCUCCAUAAAUUGUUAAAGAAAUUAUUUUCAACUGAAACUGGAGCAAGGUGGUUUUCCCUGGAUUAUUUUUUUUAAAAAGCAAAAAUGAGUUAUGGGUUGCUAUUUGCAUCUGCCACCUUUUUAUACAAUGCUUUGGUUUUUCGUAAAAUAAGAUAUGGCUGCAUCAGCUGAUCAGCCAAAUCAACAAAUCAACACCCCCCAUGUACUUAUUAUAUGCCCUGAUGCAAACCGGUUUGGACUCUACUCUGCCCCGGACAGAGACGUCUGACAUGCGUUCGUCAUGGAUGGUGGUUAGCAUGUUGAUAUCCUUCCUGUGCCUAAAUUUUAGUGCAAGCACUUCAGCUUUGCGAAGUGCUUUACAUUUGCCUUUUUUUUUUAAAUUUUGCCUCUGAGAGAUCGUGGAGAGUCUUUGGAAUUUUUUUCUGGCAGUUCUGCAGGCCAGUGUCUGUAAACCAUAAAGUGUUUUAAGCAGACGGACACUACUAUAAAAAUUAUCCACAUAAAGGUGGUAACCUUUUAUUAAACAAGGCGUUUAGUAGGUCCCAUACAAGUUUCCCACUUGUCCCCUGGGAGUCAGGACAACCAGGAGGGUCCAGUUGACCAUCUUUCCCCUCAUAUACCCGAAAGGCAAACGUGUAUAUACUUUCACUCUCGCACAGUUUGUGCAUUUUUAUGCCAUACCUAGAGCGCUUUGAGGGGAUGUAUUGUCUGAACCCUAAUCUCCCUUGGAUAAAUUUUGUUGGGGGGUAUAAACAUCCGAAAAUUUGUCCUGAAAAUGGUCUAGCAGUGGGCGUAUUUUAUGAAGCCUAUCGUAUUGGGGGUGAUCUCUAGGGUGACAGAGGGUAUUGUCACUGAAAUGUAAAAAUCUCAGCAGUAACUCAUAUCUGGCUCUAGGCAUGGUUUGGGAAAAUACUGGAAUAGACCUUAUUGGGUUGGUGCUCCAGUAUGAGCGAAUCGAUGGCUUCUUUACAAUCCCCAUGAGCAUUGUAAGAGCCCAGAAUUUUUUAACCUCUGGGACAUCUGUGGGAUGCCAGUCAUGCUCCCUGACUGUAUAGCUAUCUGCAUUGUUAUCAAUAAAUUUGGUAGCAUACAAGUUAGUCUGGGAAGCAAUCUCCUCCCAGAUGGUAUCCCCUAAAAAUAGUUCUAAAUACUGCGUUGGGGAGAAGCCAUCCACAUUAACAUUAAUUUCUGCGUUGGCACUAAAAGGGAGGGCGUUGGGCUCGGCUAACUGUGGAGGUACCCAGUCCUCCUCCACAUUCGGCGUAGCAAAGGAAGCACAGCUUUGAUCUGGGUCAAAAUCUGAUGCAGUGUCAGUGGCGUCAGUCUGACGCCAAGAAGGCAUAUGCCUCCUGCAUGUUAUACAUACGCUGCAUGUUUUACACACGACUAAAAUAAAUUACAAACACACACAAAAAUCUAAUGGAGAUUUGGGGGAAGGAAACUGACUGACUAAGACAGACCAAGACACAAAUUUUUAAAACAAAUUUAACCCUUUAAGGGCAAAAAAAUUAUAAUACAGACAGUACAAAUGCACUGCUGUAACAGAUCUGGCAGGGAAGGGGUUAAAAUGAUUUUGUAAUCAUUUUAGAUACUGUAUAAAGCUCUGGAACACUUCUGCUGCAACAAACUAUCACAAUCUCUGUCUCUCUCGCCUCACAAAACGCUACAGAGGAGGGAGGGGCAGAGAUCACUGUCAAAGUGAGUGUUUGUUUGUAACACCCACUUUGACAGCAGCCAAUUGUGAGCGAUCGCGGAAUGCUCACACGCCACAAUUGGCUGUUACUAUCUGCCUGGGUUGUCGUUUUGCAAAAAUGAGGACAAGUCGCUGGGUUUUUAUUUUUAGUUCUCUCUCUUAUAAUGUUUAUAUUGCAGAGUUAAAGACAGCCACGAUAGUCUUUUUUUUUUUUUUUUUUUUUACUGUUCUACUAUUGCAGCGCAUGUGCAUUAGGUUCCCCUGUUCAGCUGCCAUCUGAGUAGGAGGAGCCUGACCCAGGACAUUGUUGCUGGAACCAUGUAAAUGUAAAAGGGGUUUAUAACCCUUUAUUUGCUGGCGAGACACUAGUGUUAUUAAUUCAGUUUUGUAUUCCUUUAAUGAUUAAUUAUUAAAUGAACACUGUGUUAACAAGCACUUUUAUAUACAAAUAAUGCAUUAAACAAGUGCAUAUAAUAAAAUAAAAACUAAAGUGAUGACUGGCUGAAAACAAAAUACUUGAUUCUGAGAACAAUACACCUCAACUGCUGCUCAAUAAUAUUUUAACCAACAAAGGAAAAUAAUUUGAGAUCUGUACUGAUUGCAAAAUGAAAUGCCUGAAAUAAUAUAAUAUUGUUGCUUAUUUCCCAGGUAGUCGAAUCAUUGACAUUUUACUGUACUAUGUAAAUAAGGCUGCUAUUAUAAAAACUAUUCAUGGAGGCCCCCCCCAAACCCUACUUUUGACCCACCCUGGAUUAUUGUUUCACAAAGGACUGACUGUGAACCUGAUUCAGAUACAGUCCAGCUUGGCCAGUAACUAAACCAUACUUGUAUUGUAAUAUCCAUCAGGUUUUUUUUUAACACCAUAUCAGUUUAACCAGUUCCACCUUUAUCUCACUUAAAACAAAGAACGUAAACUGGUAUGAAAUUCUGGUGCUGUUUCCCCUUUUCAGUGAUCGUACUCAUCAUUUACUUGUUGAAGGAUUACCACUGGUACACCGACUUUUAUCACACAAUUUACCACUUUUCAAAAUAUUUUCUAUGGAGACUUUGGCAUUAGAAGUAAUAACAUCUGCUGCUAAACUAAAACAUAAAAAGUAGAAACCUAGUCUGUACUCCAAGAAGAACUGAUAACCCUAAAAUACAAAGACAAGAAGGAAGUUUACAUGUCGUCAGCUUUGCACAAGCAUGCAAUUUGAAGGAUUUCCGUCCAUGACAAACGGCAACAAGAAAUUUUAUUUUUAAAAGAUCACAACAUGCACUUGACCUGUCUGACUGUCAUGACUGAUAUAAAAAAAAAAAGUUGAAACAUUCAUCCUGUGUGCAAUCCACCAUUCCUACAUCCUCUAAAAAUAAAUAAGUAAAACCCUGAAGUAAAAUGCACACUUUCAUCCUGUCAGCUGAAGAUAAUUUCAGUGACUUUGUUUGAAGGCCCAUGUGACAUUGAUUGUAUCAUUUGAUGUGCAAUCUACAAUACUAGGGUAGCUUUAUUCUUUCUGAAUUUCUUCAACCUCCCCCACCAGAAAAAGUGCAGUGCGGUACACAAAGGUGUUAAAGGGACACUAUAGUCACCAGAACUACAGCUUAAUGUAGUUGUUUUGGUGAGUAUAAUAGCUCACUUCAUGCAUUUUCAUGUAAACACUGCCAUUUCAGAUAAAAGGUAGUGUUCACAUUGCCCCUAGGGACACCUCCAAUUGGCCACUCCUCAGAUGGCCCUGGAGGGUCUUCCUGGUUCAGGGCUGCAUGGUGGAGGCUGAAUUUACCUCAUAGAGAUGCAUUGUUUCAAUGCAUCUCUAUGAGGGGGUGCUGAUUGGCCAAAAUAGUGUUUGGCCCCACCCACUUGCCAAUUUUAGCCAAUCCAAUGCUUUCACCAUGGGAAAGCAUUGGAUUGGCUAAAAAUCUGCAAUUUUGAUGGUCACCAAGGAGGCAGGGCCAGCGCCGGCGGACCUGUGGAGAGCUGAAAAUAAGGUGAGUUUAAACCCCUUCUGAGUGGGCUAAGGGGGGGUGAGGGGGGGGGCCUAAAUGGUGGGUUUUCACUAUAGGGUCAGAAAUACAUGUUUGUGUUCCUGACCCUAUAGUGAUCCUUUAAAAUUUGAACAUUUUAAAAUCUGUUGAGGUUGCAAACCAGAAUGGUUUUACUGCCCUGUUUGCCGAUCUGAGCCUAAAGUUUGAAUUAUCAGCUGCCAUCGGUGACAAUCGCAGCCAAUUCCAUACUUCCGCAUAGGGAUGCAUUGUGGGGGUUGCUGUGCAUGUGAGGCAACUCCAACACUGUGAUAAUCCACAUCCUCUUAUAGAGAUGCAUCAGCUCAAUGCAUCUCUAUAGGAGCAUUUGGGUCUUCAUACAUAACCAUUGGUCCUCUUAAAGAUUACAGGAACACUAUAGGAAGUUCCAUGUGGCUAUAUGCAGGGCCGUCUUUAAUAUUGAUUGGACCCUGGACAAAGCAUUUGCUUGGGCCCCCUGGACCCUGUAAACCCUCCCCAGGCAUGUUAUCACUCUUAACGCAGUGGCAACCUAACGUAGAGAGUUGCAAGAAUAUUUUUUUUUGGGCCUCCCUAUUACAAGGAUGUUUUAAAAGGUAGAUCUGUUGUGCAACUCCAGCAAUGCUUUGACAGCUGGGUCUCUACCAUUUACCCAUGUUUGCAGGCUUGUAUUUAGCACUAAGCAGUUUUUGUGUGUUUCAAUGUAAACAGGUUUUUGUACGGAAUAUGAUACAAAAAGAUAUGUGCACAAUAUGGAGGAGGGUGAACAAGAAGCUCUAACACCUAAAAGUGGUAUCCCCUCCACCACUUAAAAAUAGAUAAUAUACAAGAUGGAGCUUCUAAGUAGUAGUUCAACAGAUAUUCUGUAAAAUUAUACAACAAUAGUGCAAUACAGUAUUCAUAAAAAGCGUAAAAAUUAAAAUCCAAGAGUGGUGUCACUCACAAGCCUGGAGUCAUACCCUCAUAUGACUCGGAUAGUAUGCGCCUUUGGACCAUUCCAGGAUGACCAGAUCCUUCUUUAAAGUUUUCUGUGCUUUGUUAACCCUUAACCGGCUCAAGAAUAGGCAGAUGCCAGGUCAGAGAGAUUUCUUUAAAGGACCACUCUAGGCACCCAGACCACUUCAGCUUAAUGAAGUGGUCUGGGUGCCAGGUCCAGCUAGGGUUAACCCAUUUUUUCAUAAACAUAGCAGUUUCAGAGAAACUGCUAUGUUUAUGAAUGGGUUAAGCCUUCCCCCAUUCCCUCUAGCGGCUGUCUCAUUGACAGCCAAUAGAGGCGCUUGCGUGCUUCUCACUGUGAUUUUCACAGUGAGAGCACGCCAGCGUCCAUAGGAAAGCAUUAUGUGACCGGCUGAAUGCGCGCGCAGCUCUUGCCGCGUGUGCGCAUUCAGCCGACGGGCAGGAGAGAAGGAGGAUCGGAGGAGGAGAGCUCUCCGCCCAGCGCUGGAAAAAUAUAUGUACACACAUACAGAUACACAAAGACAGCAUACAAAUACACACUGACACACCGAUACACAUCCAGACAUAAAGAUACAGACACUGUGUCCAGAUACAGACACUGACACACACAUACACACCUGAUACACUGACACACAAAUACACACAAUGACAAACGUAUAGAUACACACAGAGACAGACAAACUGACACACAAACAUACACUGAUAGACAUACUUACAGACACAUAAACUGACAGACAUGCUGACACAUUCACCAACACACACACACGACAUACUGACACAAAGAGCCAUACUGAUACAGACUUGCAAACACUGACAUACAUAUGGACACACAGAGGCACACUAACAGACAUGCUGACACAUACACUGACAGACAUAUUGACACACACAUACUAAGACAUACUGACAUACAUUCACAGGCAUACUGACAGAUAUACUGACAGGCAUACUGACACACAUAGGCAGACAUACGGACGCAUACACUGAUAGACAUAUACUGAGACAUUCACAGAUAUACACACACACACAUACUGACACAUACACUGGGAGAUAUACUGACACACAGGCAGAAAUACUGACACAUACACUGACAGACAUACUGACAUAUAGACCUAUACUGAGAAAUUCACAGAUACACACACUGGCAGACAUACUGACACAUAUACAAAAUUUACACUAUUAAAUUCACCCUCCAGUUUCCUACCUGGUUGGUGAAGCUGUUGGGAGUUGGGGUCUAGCUCGGCCCAGACUCCCUCCGUUCUGCCUCUUCCUCCUUGCGACGUCACUUCCUCCAGCUGCCGAAAAGCAAGAAGGCCCGGUCGCGCUCUUAAAGCGCAAGAACGGGCCCCUGCUGACAGAAGCCCACCGGAUGGUCAUGAUCGGCACCAUGUGGCUGCACCUGAUCGGUGUGGUCACCCUGCAGGACGGAGAGGUUACUCACCUAAUCCGCAGCGCCUCUCCCUCUGAGCGGUGUUUGCUCUAGCGACCUGGUCCUACGUUAUGGAGGACGCCGGCCUGCUGCAUCCCCGCGCUAUUAAAUGGUACCGCCCCCAAAACCGUCAUGUGAAAAAGCACAUUUUGGGAUCAAAUGUCCCAUUUUGACCAAUGAGCAUGGUUUUGGGGUUAUUUAAACCCAGACCUGCUAGUGUUCAGUGCCCUGUCGUGGUUUCCAUAACUUUGGUUAUCCAAGAGCGCGUUUUUGUUCUGGUUUUUGAUCUUGGCUUGUUCUGACUAUCCAUAUUUUUGGUAUCCCUGACACUUUGUCUUUGUGUUCUCAUUUAAGCUCCUGUCUUUGUCCCUGACUUAGGCUUGUUUCUGACUAUUCUUUCUAUGCUAAAUCCGACUAUUCUAAGGUCGGCUAAUACGUUUGCCAUUUUUAGUCUAUUCUACAUUUUGACUUAUUUCUGCGUGUUGGGCCGCAACCCCAUCCUGACCGUGACUGUCAGGAUCCUAUCCUGACAACCAGGAACAUGUUUCAUUUUCUUCUGUUAUUAUUUAAUUAAUACUUGUUUCUUGCUUCUAGUGGGCUCCCUAGCCACUAAUCUCCUCAGUCACCUUAUCAUCCUCACCUACCUGGACUAAUGAAGAGGCUUCAUAAGGCUACAUCCUGCUCACAACAGGGCUUUUACAUUGAGAGGGAGAAGUUGUGCUCUGCUCCUGGCUCUUACUGAGAUUUGUUAUAACCUGAUAAAGACCUGUACCUAACUCAACUGAAUCCUGACAUCCUGCUCCAAUCUUACUUUCCUGCAACCAUCUUGAUUCAUCCAAUUCUGCCCUGCUUUAUUUUUAACAUAGACUUUGGUUUCAUGUUGUUUUUCCUCCCAGCCUGCAUGGAUAUUAUGGACAUUAUUAUUUGCCAAUAUCCACACGCUGAAUCUACAGUUUUGUUUAUUAUCAAAGAGGCCGAUCACCUCCAUUACUUUGCUUCAACCUGUUAUACUUUAUCCCUUUAUAUUCCUGUUUAGUUUUUACAAAUUUAUUUCCUGUAUUCCUGUUUUGGGGCAUAUUGCCUAAACCUCUGUUAUUUCACCUUCUACUUACUCACCUGUAAUUCUGUUUUCCCCCUUUAUCAUUAUUAUUCCUUUUCUCUAUUUAUCUUGUUAUUCAUAUUGCUUCCUUUGCCUGAACCAUGCCUAACGAAUCAAAUAAACUACCUGAAAUAAACCCAGGCAUAAGUCUCCUGUCUGACCUGUGCAGAAUCAUGACUGUGACACUCAACAAACCCCUAGCCAGUCUAGGCAUUUACACCUGGUGCAAAUAAUGAAGCUCUUGAUUAGUUGCAUCAGGUUUGCUUGAAACACCUGUUUUGUAUAUUUGUGCUAGGUUGACUAAUUUUGACACUGGAGAAGUCACAUUUUUAGUUGGAUUUGUGGAAAUUACUUGAAGCAUUCUUUGUGUUGAGCUAUUUUAAAAAAUGAAUAUAAAUUACGGCUGUAACCAGCACGACGUUGUGUGUUUUUUUUUUUUUUUUUAAAGAAAUAACCCCAAAAAUACAGGCUUGUUCAUGAUGUUACAAAUCUUUGGCUGAGACAUUGUUAGUUUGAUUGCAGUGACAUACUGUCAACACGACCACAUGCUGCAGUUUACUGUCAUUGCCUGCAGGGGGCCCAGAUAGUUGCCAGAUGACCAUCUGCUUCAUGGGAAGAGAGGCGGGAUUGAAGGGACGGCUAAAUCGUUAUGGCUUCCUGCAGGACAGCAUAGCAUGCCUUGAUGGUGUUAAGGGUUUAAGUGAAGGACAACCAUGACUGAAUGUUUCCGUCAUGCGUCCUUAAGGGGUUGAAAGAUUCUUUCAAAGUGCGCAGGUUUUAGUUUCUUAUUUCUUAACGCAAUUCGUUACUAGAUUUAUAUACUUGUUAUAAUAUCCAUUGUAACCUUUCCGGAUACCGGCUAUAAUGCCAUUUGGUGUAAAGUCACGACUGGCCAGCCAGGCAGGCACCUGCCCCAAGAACCACACACCUGCAAAGAACCACACACGUAUUGUUUUCUUAUAUUAAUUGCUUUAGUAUUGUGGAAUUAAAGGACCACUCUAGGCACCCAGACCACUUCAGCUUAAUGAAGUGGUCUGGGUGCCUGGUCCAGCUAGGGUUAACCUAUUUUUUCAUAAACAUAGCAGUUUCAGAGAAACUGCUAUGUUUAUGAAUGGGUUAAGCCUUCCCCCUAAUCCUCUAGUGGCCGUCUCAUUGACAGCCACUAGAGGCGCUUGCGUGCUUCUCACUGUGAUUUUCACAGUGAGAGCACGCAAGCGUCCAUAGGAAAGCAUUGUAAAUGCUUUCCUAUGCGACGGGCUGAAUGCGCGCGCAGCUCUUGGAGGAGGAGAGGAGGCAGAGAGCUCCCCGCCCAGCGCUGGAAAAAGGUAAGUUUUUAACCCUUUCCCCCUUCCAGAGCCGGGCGGGAUGGGGUCCCUGAGGGUGGGGGCACCCUCAGGGCACUAUAGUGCCAGGAAAACGAGUAUGUUUUCCUGGCACUAUAGUGGUCCUUUAAGAGUAUAACAUUAUUUCACAAGUAUAAUGUCUAAUAAGCAUAAUCUUCCUUUUCUUUACACUUAUUCAUGGAAAAAUAAUUGCGCAUAUAUAUAUAUAUAUAUAUAUAUAUAUAUAUAUAUAUAUAUAAUCAGUUGUUAUUGUAGUGUAAAUUCCCUGAGAACAGUCACUGGGCAGAUAAGUGCUUUCUAUUGUUUGUCCUUGACCUUUUUAAAAUCUAGUUAUGCUCUCAUCCUUUUGUGAGUGCAGCUUUGAAAGUUUAUGUAAAGCUUUUUUCCAGUAACAAAUAACAAAUAAAACCACUUAUGAAUUAACCCCUUAAGGACUGGACUGUUUUUGCGAUGUUGUACAUUUGCGACCAGGCAUAUUUUUACACUUUUGUGGUGUUUGUGUUUGGCUGUAAUUUUCCGCUUUCUCAUUUACUGUUCCCAUACAAAUUAUAUAUUGUUUUUUUCAGGACAAAAGGAGCUUUCUUCACAUACCAUUAUUUAUAUAAUCUCAUGUAUUUUUAUUUAAAAAAAAUACAAAAAUCUGAUGAAAAAUUGAAAAAAAUACAUGUUUUUUGACUUUUACUUGAAAAAUCUUUUGCUCAUCUACAAAAGCGAAUGAAAAAAACUGCUAAAUAGAUUCAAAAUUUUGUCCUGAGUUUAAAAAUACCUAGUGUUUACGUGCUUUUUUGCUUUUUUUUGCAUGUUAUAGGGCUAUAGGUACAAGUAGGAUAUUGCGGUUUCAAAACAUACAUUUUUAAAAUUUAUCAAUAGUGACAUUGUAACACUAUUAUCUGUCAUAAAUCUCUGAAUAACACCCCACAUGUACAUAUUUUUUUUAAAGUAGACAACCCAGGGUAUUCAAUAUGGGGUAUGUCCAGUCUUUUUUAGUAGCCACUUAGUCGAAAACACUGGCCAAAGUAAGCAUUCAUAUUUGUUUGUGUGUGAAAAAGUAAAAAAACUAAAUUGAACGCUAAUUUUGGCCAGUGUUUGUGACCAAGUGGUUACUAAAAAAGACUGGACAUACCCCAUUUGCAAUACCUUGGGUUGUCUUCUUUUGCAAAUGGUAUGCCAUCAUGGGGGUAAUUCUCAUUCCUGGGCUACCAUACGCUCUCAAAGGCAACGUAACCAACCUGGCCAUUUUCAAUGUAAAAAUAUUUGACCCAUAUAUUUGACCUUGUAACUUUAAAAAAUGCUAUAAAACCUGUACAUGGGGGUACUGUUUUACUCGGGAGACAUCGCUGAACACAAAUAUUAGUGUUUAAAAACUGGAAAACGUAUCACAACAAUUAUAUCAUCAGUAAAAAUGCUGUUUGUGUGUGAAAAAUGCAAAAAAAGUAACUUUCACUGACAAUAUCAUCACUGUGAUAUGUUUUACUGUUUUGAAUCACUAAUAUUUGUGUUCAGCGAAGUCUCCCGAGUAAAACAGUACCCCCCAUGUACAGGUUUUAGGGUGUCGUAGAACGUUACAGGGUAAAAUACAGUGCUAGCAAAUUAAAUUCUCUGGAAUUUCGGCCUGGGUUGGCAGGCAGGUCCCUCAAAUUGCAAUCAAUAAAAUUACUGAAUUAUGUAAAAAUAUUACAUAAAUACGCACGUAGAAUUUAAAUAUAUAUGCAUAUUUAUAUAUUUGAAGUCUACGUGUAUAUUUAUAUAAUUAUUUAUGUAAUUUUGUAUAUGGACGUAUGUAUAUUUCUUAUUAUUUUUAUUUAUUUUUAUAUACAUAGAUAUAUAUACAAAUUCAUUCUAAGUGUAUUUUGAUAUAAAUAUAUAUAUAUUAAUUUUAAAAUACAGUUAGAAUAAAAUUUCAUAUAGCUAUAUAAUUUUUUUUAAAUUUUUAUUAUUUAAAAAAAAUUAUUUUAUUUAAAUUACUUAUUAUUUAUAUUUUUUAAUAAUAUAUAUAAAAUAUAUAUAGUUAUUAUAUAUAUUAUAUAUAUACGUGUGUAAUUUAAUUAUAAGUGUAUUUUUAUAUUAAUAUAAGUACAUAUUAAUAUAAAAAUACACUUAGUAUGGCAUUAUAUAUAUAUGAUAUAUAUAGACAUAUAUUAUAUAGAUAUAAUAUAUGUCUAUAUAUCAUAUAUACACAUAUAUAAUUAUUUUAUUUUUUUUAUUAACAUUAACUUUAUUUUUUUAAUUGAUUUUACACUAGCAGGGAGACUGCCUGUCAGCACAGACAGUCCCCCUGCAGGCAGACACUAGGACACCUAUUGUGACCAUGUGAUCGCUGUAUUAAGCGAUCACAUGGCCACAGGGGGUCCUAAUCUGCCGCGGGGAGACUGUCUGGGCUGCAGGCAGUCUCCCCACAACCGGAGCCACGCUGAUCGCCGCCGGGGGAACGACGGCGAUCAGGUAAGUAGCUCUGACCGUUAGGACGGUUCAGGACCGUCAUCGGUCGGCAACGCAAAAAUGCCGAUGACGGUCCUGAACCGUCCUCGGUCCUUAAGGGGUUAAAGGAACACUACAGUGUUAUUAACACAAACCUGCAUUCCUAACAUUGUGUCCCUAGUUAUAUAAAAAAAAAAAAAAUUCCAUUUUUUUUAUUUUUUUAAAUCAAUAAUUUACUUACCUUUUUCCAACACAGAGACUCGUUUGGCACUGCUCAUCUUUCCACUCCUGCCACGAAAUGGAGGAGGCAUGGCCUCCUGCAUGAGGGUUCAAAUGGUCCAAUCCGAUACUCUAUGAAGCACUGCGCUCGAAUUCAAGCUUCACCAUAGGAAAAGAUUGUAUUUAAUGUUUUUACCAUGGGCUUAUAACCCGUGAUUGCCGCACCUUUGCAAAGUCAUACUCACCUUUUCCAUAGUUUGACCGUGAUUUUUCUCGCAUUUAACAGUUCAUUCUGCUUGUACAAAGAAGGUGGAGGAGGCAGCCGAUUCUCUGCUCGAGCCCUUGAUCGGUGAAGGUUAACACUGGUCGGGUAGGUCACUCGAUCUUAACUCAGAGGUAGAGUUGAGCGGACACCUGGAUGUUCGGGUUCGGCCGAACUUUGAAAAAAAGUCCGGGUUCGUGAUCGAACUUGACCUCGAACCCCAUUGAAGUCAAUGGGGACCCGAACUUUUGGGCACUAAAAUGCCUCUAAAAAAAGUCUUGUAAAGGGCUUGAGGGCUGCAAAAGGAAGUAAAAUGGGGGUAAGAGUAGGACAAGUGCCCUGCAAACAAAUGUGGAUAGGGAAAUCACUUAAAAGAACAUAAAAAUUAAAAAUACAGCACUAGAUGGAAUCUUUGAUUUUUAGCUUUGGAAGAACAUAAAUCAAAAUCUAAAGCAUGGCUGUCAGGAGGGUUGGAGUGCAGGGUAUUCUCUUUCACUGUUCAAACUGAGCUCAACUCCUCUUGCAUGAAGAAAAGGCCUUCACAAGACUCUGAUAUUGUGUACAUAGUUUAUACUAAGUGACCCAUAGGUUGAGGAGGCGGUGACCGUGGCGGUGUAGGUGGAAGAAGCAGUGGAGGUGGUAGCCAACAGAGGGCCCGCACUUUCUGCAGCAGCUCUGAUAUAUCUGGGUACACACCGUGGCAUCACAAGGGCCAUCCAGAACUGGCUCAACUCCCAUCAAGCCAAGUUCCCAAAAGAGAUCACCUAGCUCGUCAUGCUAGAGCACAUUUUCAAUGUGCUCCCAAAUGACAAGGCGAUGAUGCAUUCGUAUGUCAAUCCAUAUCAACUUUCGAUGCCAUUUACUGUGCUUACCAUGAUGACCACGGGGAAUCAGGGUUCGAUUCCGUACAGGGACCCUGACAAACGGCUACCACGUGCAAGGAAGGCAGCAGGCGCGCAAAUGACCCACUCCCGAUGUGGGGAGGUAGUGACGACAAAUAACAAUACAGGAUUCUUUAGAGGCCACUUGAAAUCCUUUAACUCUGAUCAAUUGGAGGGCAAGUCUGGUGCAGAGCGACUGACCCAUGCGUGCUCCAGCUGAAACUCCACUAUCGUCUGCUGCUGCUCGCACAGUCACUCCAGCAUGUGCAAGGUGGAGUUCCAUCUUGUGGGCACGUUGCAUAUGAGGCGGUGAGCGGGAAGGCCAAAGUUACACUGCAGCGCAGACAGGCGAGCAGCAGCAGCAGGGUGACAACGCCAAAAACGUGCACAGCCGCUACAGUGAAUGUCGCAUCCUGUUCCAAGUUGCGGAUCAGUCUGGUGAUGGCUUCUGGUAUCCAGUACUCUUUUUAUUGAAGCUGCAUCAGGGUCCUUGUAUGUGGCCGCACAAACGCUGUUGCUCAACACCAGGGGCCGUGCGGUUACCCUGCUAAUCCACUCCUAACUUCAACAUCAGGCAUACUGGGUCCCGGUCGACCGACUGCCGCCCAGACAGUGUCUGGGUCCUGGUCACCAGACUGCAAAACUGUGAAUGGCUCGUUAAAUCUGGUAUGGUUCCUUUUAUCGCUCCAUCUGUUACUUGGAUAACCGGCGCUCUUCCUCCAAACUGCACACGUCACUCGCAUGACCUUGAUUCCAUGUGGGGUCUAGGACCUCAUCAUCCUCAACCCUGCCCUCAUUGCUGGUCUGCACACUGCAGAAAGCCACAGCAGUUGGCACCUGUGUUUUUCCAGCGUGUAAAGUCUGCAAAGGACAUAUGGAAAUUGUUUUAGAAUUGUAUCCAGGCAACAGUUUUUCCCUAUAAACUGACCUCUCAGUUUGACUUGUGAGGGUAUUGCCCCCAAAUUACAAUAUUGUUAUAUUGGUAUUUGACGCUUCUAUUUGACUCGCAGAUAUGAAGAGCGCACCCAGAAAAUUAGAAUGUUUACAACUGCGCAGUAAGCGCAUUAUUAGACUCUUCUAUUUGACUCUCAGAUAUGAAGAGCAGGCCUAAAAAUUUACUAUUUAGCAGAUUAGCAGCAAAACAAUUAGAAUGUUUACAACUGCGCUGUAAGCGCACUAUUUGAUGCUUCUAUUUGACUCUGAUAUGAAGAGCACGAUCCAAAAUGUACUGUUUAGCAGCAAAACAAUUAGAAUGUUUACAACUGCGCUGUAAGCGCACUAUUUGACGCUUCUAUUUGACUCAUAGAUAUGAAGUGCACGCCCCAAAAUGUACUGUUUAGCAUCCAGAAAAUUAGAAUGUUUACAAUUGCGCUGUAAGCGCACUAUUAGACGCUUCUAUUUGACUCUCAGAUAUGAAGAGCAGGCCCCAAAAUGUACUAUUUAGCAGAUUAGCAGCAAAACAAUUAGAAUGUUUACAACUGCGCUGUAAGCGCAGUAUUUGACGCUUCGAUUUGACUCUCAGUAUGAAGUGCACCCCACUAAUGUACUAGUUUGCUGAAUUCUUUCCUAAUCUGUUCCUGAAAGCGGCAGCAUCCUCUCCCUACACUAAUAUGAGCUCAUGUGCGUGCGGCGCUACGCAACUCCAGCUUCUAUAUAGAGGUUGGGUCACAUGCUGCACUGGCCAAUCACAGCCAUGCCAUUAGUAGGCAUGGCUGUGAUGGCUUCUAAGGGCACACAAGUCAAACGCUUGUUGAUUGGCUGCCCUGCAGCCUUUGAAAACGCACCAUUAAAUCGCCGAACUCCAACCUGAACAUACAGUUAUAUGUCCGUAUUCGGGUCCGAGGUCCAAAAAACUUAAUGUUUGGUACGAACCCGAACUUUACAGUCCGGGUUUGCUCAACUCUACUCAGAGGCUUUACUGUUCUGGACUUGAAUUUGUCCCAAGAUAGCAGAGGUGUAUUCCACUGCUCAGAAAGAAGGAUCAUGCCAUAAGGCUUUGAUGCCCUGCGCCAGCAGUUCUGGGCAAAGCUCACUAUCUAGAAAUCUAAUCUGACAAUGCAGCAGAUGGCAGAGGUGUGGCCAUGGUUGCUUAAUGCUAGCAUAUGCAGCUAUCUGCCCACAACUGGUAGAUUUCUGCAGGCAGACCCAACCUACGAAAUCUGAGAGCCUCCUAUUGACAAAUCUCAUUACCUACUAUAUGAAGGGGGGAUGAAUGCUUCCGACCCAGUCGCUGAAGCUUUACUGGGGUCUCUCAGGAGCUCUUCCAUCCGACCAGUCUGCAUCUCUCCUUUCAGGCAGGUACCCACACCUCUGCCUAUUCCGUUCCAGCUCUGCUUUUAGUUGCUGGAUCCAUCUAGCCCAGGGAUAAAUUACGAGAGCUAAGCCAAAGGCACUUGCGGCUCUUAGGCCUAGCUUUCUUGCUUUUUAUCCCUGGGUUAGAGAGCUUCUGAACCAGCAAACAGAUCGGAAGACUCUAUCACUGGGGUCCCUAAAAGUCCACACAGGACACAAGUUCCAAAAGGAACUAACAUACAAUACUUUAUUUUACUUGGAACUAGCCCAUAUUUUUGUUGCUGUGACAAACUAAAUAAAAUACAAUUAACCAAAUCAUAUAAGAACACAUACAGGAACUUAUAAUAACAUAACCACAUAUUUUUAGAUGACUUAAAGGUAAGCAGACAAUGUAAUAGAGCAGGAAGAAGUGCUAGCAGAAUGCUUGAUUGUAUAGGGAGAGGUAUUAGCAGUAGAAAGAGGGAAGUGCUCAUGCCAUUGUACAGAACACUGGUGAGACCUCACCUGGAGUAUUGUGCGCAGUACUGGAGACCGUAUCUUCAGAAGGAUAUUGAUACUUUAGAGAUGGUUCAGAGAAGGGCUACUAAACUGGUUCAUGGAUUGCAGGAUAAAACUUACCAGGAAAGGUCAAAGGAUCUUAACAUGUAUAGAUUGGAGGAAAGAUGAGACGGGGGAUAUGAUAGAAACAUUUAAAUACAUACAUGGAAUCAACAUAGUAAAGGCGGAGACUAUAUUUAAAAGAAGAAAAACUAAUACAACAAGAGGACAUAUUCUUAAAUUAAAGGAGCAAGGGGUACAAAAAUAUUUUCAGAAAGUAUUACUUUACAAAGAGGGUAGUGGACACAUUGAAUAACCUUCCAGCUGAGUUAACAGUUGGAGGUUUAAGCAUGCGUGGGAUAGGUAUAAGGCUACAAAUGUAAACAAUGUCCCCUGGUGGGACCUGUAGUGUGUAAAGGGAACUUUGAAACCUUUAAGCCUUCACUCAUUCCAGUUUUUUCUAGAUAGCUACCUUGAAGUUGAUGGCUUUAUCUCUAGCUAGCUCAGUGAAGGAUUGGCAAUGUGUGUUAUUUUUCCUGAUAGCUUUCCUAACACUUUGCACAGCAAUAAGUGGCAACUCUGUUUCAAUAUUUUUUGCUACAGUAUUUUGAGCCUGUGUUCAUGUGCAUUGGUUAGCUUCCCCCGCUUGGGAUAUAGUCACCACCUUUUCCAGACCUGCAGGUCAGUGAGGCUUUAGUAUUUUUGCUGUUUGCCAUCUUCUUGUUAAUCCAAGCAGCCUCCUAUUUAAUGCGACCCUUUCUGCCCAUUUUGGAUUGCAGAGUUUAAUAGCCCUUGUAGGGAAUUAUAUGUGGUGUGUUUGUGUGUGUGUGUUACUUAUGUUUGUUUCUCUGAAUAUACUUUUAAACUGUGAUUUAUUUAAUUUAAAAAAAAAAAAAAUAUUUAAAUUUUUUUUUUUUAUGCUUUCUUAAUUUAUUUAUCAUGUGGACUUUAGGUUCACAUGCCAUUUCAGAAUACUUGUUAGGUUUAAGGCUCACUAAUUUAAAGUAUUUAGACAAUUGGGCAGACUAAAUGGGCCGAAUGGUUCUUAUCUGCCGUCACAUUCUAUGUAACUUGGUUAGUUUUAAAGAAAAAAAAAAAUCUUGCUCUUAACGCUUUGUAGCUGGCUCCUAGAUUCUAAGCAAAUAUGUCAUCCCUGCUUUAAUCUAUCAAAGCAACACUGUAGGCAUUAUACCUGCUUAAUUUGAUGGAACUGGUUAUAGUGUCUGGGGCCCCAUGCACCAAACAAAUGGUCUCUAUGAGAUCAACUGAUUAAAAAAAGUGAAGGUUUAGUCCACUGUUUCAACAGAAGUACCUCUAGUGGUUGGCAGUAUGAUAGCCACUAGACAGGAUAACUCUGCAGAACAGCAAUGUUUUCAGCGGCAGGGGACAUGGCAUCCAUGCCACUUUGUUGAGAUAAGGUGGUCUGGGUGCCUGUAGUGUUCCUACAGAUGUUCACUGUCAAGGAGCAUUAAUUACCAGUCAAUCAUCAUUAAUUGGCCUAUCAGAGUACCAUUAAGAGUCAAAUGACUUAAGUUGACUAAAGUUUACUUUAGAACUUCUGUGAAUCUGUCAUGAAAAAGCAUACUAUAGUUACUCAUACCACUUCAACUUCAAUGAAGUGGUCUGGGUGCAUUGGAUAUGCCAUGACCUUUGAAUUUUUUUUGAGGUCUAGGUGCUGUGGGCAUGUGGUUUUAACCCUUAAUUUUAAAACAUAAGAGUUUUGUAACGAUAAUGUUUACAUUAAGUGACACUGUAGGCACUACAAACCCCUGGUUCUGUCCCUCCAUUCAAUUGUAAACCGUUUAAGACUGAAGGAGGGUCUCUGCCUUCCCAAAGCCCCACUCCCACUGAAGGUAUUGCUAAGGCAGAGACUACACACUUCCUUGUAGCCUUACCAAUUUAGAUGAAAAUUUAAUCCAAUCUCAGCUGCCCAUUGCUGCUCAGGCAAAUGCAUUGUCAUCAGCUCAAGCAAAGAUGAUGAGAUGCUCAACACUUUUGUUUAGCAUUAAAAGCUGUUUAACGCUGAAUGGAAGGACAGUGCCAGGGAACUCCAGACACCAUAACCACUUUAAUGAGAUAAAGCAGCUGUGGUGCCUACAGGGUCCCUUUUACUAUAGUAAAGAAAAGGGGGAUGAGUAAAAGGUCAGAAUAAACUAACCCUGAAGUCAAGGGUUGGACUUGAUGGGUAAAGAUUAGGGCGUAAUCUAGUUAAAUCGUAUAUGAAAAAUUCCUUAAAGCAGGUAUAUUGAAAAUGAGAACCCAAGUAUAUUGGAAACUUGGGUUUUCAUCUCCAAUAUACCUGCUUUAAGGAUUUUUUUUUUUCAUAUCCCUUUAACUAUAGGCUCCCUUUAAGAAUUUGCAUUGGGAUGGUGUGAAGUGUAGUUUGGCCAAUUUUAUUCAUGUUGAUAUUAUGUUUCGUAAUGGAUGAAGUAAAGAGGAUGCUUCUAAACUAAAAGGUUCUUCUCCUCUCCCCUUUAUUUGUUUCAAUGUGUUUGUUGUGACCAAAAUAAAAUACCUGCUACUUGCUAAAGUGCAGUUUUGCAUAAUUUGUUAAAUGUAAGACAGUAGAAAAAUAUUCCACUUUUGCUUUAUUAAAGGAAAACUCCAAACCCCAAGGUGUUUUCUUAAUAUGGAUUUAAAAGGAAGUGAUCUAGGUGCAUAGUCCUAUGUCCCUUAACCCUGCAAAGCUAAAUAUUGCAGGUUUUUUUUUUUUUUUUUUUUUAAAUAAACUGCAAUAUUUACAUUUGAGGGUUAACUCCACCUCUAGUGGCUGCCUACCAGACAGACACUAGAGGGACUUCGGGAUCAUUAGGCGACUUUUGGUCGCCUAAGUGAUGCUAGACAUCACCACGCUAUACAUGAGAACAUCUAGCUUCAUGUAAAACCCCAUAGAAAAGCAUUAUACAUGCUUUCCUAUGAGGGAAACUCUAAUGGGAGUGCGGGGGAGGGAUAUCAGCGUUGGACUCCGGUAUGUGACAGAAUGCUUUUCACGGAGAAGCAUUGGAUUGGCCAGGAGGUCAUCACUAGUGAUAAUCUCAUGGAGGUGAAGCAGAGCUACAAGAAGAAAACCUUCUGGUUCCUGGAUUACUGGUAAGUAACCGUUUUUGUUUUUUUAGAUUUAGGGGGAGGGAAAAAGUGUAAUUGAGCAAAUAAUCAUUCUAAUGUAUUCACUGAACACCCUGAAAUGUUCCUUUAGACUUUGCACAGACUUUCCACAAAUUGGAAGAACAAUAUUUGCCAAAUAUUGAUUUAUAAAAAUAUGAUUGCUAUAAAUCCAUAAUAAAAGGAAAUGGAAAUAUCUUAAUGGCAAUGUCAAGCAUGUGGUAUUUUAAGAGUUAGAAUUAAAAUAAACAUGAAAUAUGGGUUGAUAAUUUGAUGUGUUAAAAUAGCACAUGUAGUAAAACAGGUGAUAAACUGUGGCAUAAAACUACAUUUGUGGUCAGAGCUGCAAUCAGAAAUUUUUGGGCCCCCAUUACACAGGCUUUUAAGCCUGCCCACGGCCCUGCUUACAAGGAUGCAAUUUGUGUAGAGUGGACAUAGUGUGUGUAUUGUGAAUGAAGUGUGUGUGUCUUAGUGCAUUUGUAGUGGAUGUAGUGUGUCUGUGUAGUGGAUGCAGUGUGUGUAUGUAUGUAUGUAUAUCUAUCUAUAUCUACACAUACAUAUAUACACACAAUGUGUGUUUGAAUGUAAGCUUGUUUUUGUAUUGAGUAAGUGUGUGAAUGUUGGUGUUUGAAUGCUGGGGUACAUUUGUGUGUAGGGUGUGCAUACACAGACCUACAAACUGACAAACAUGCAAAUACACACGGACACACAGAUACUCAGACACACUGACACGUUACACACACGAUACAUGGUUAAACACACAAGGAUUCACACGUAUUACCACUUACACACAUAGAUACACGGACACUCAAAAUAGCUAAAUUAAUAAAAUUCUGUUAAUUUUUAGUUUGGCUACUUUGUCCUUAAAUUUUAAAUUUACUAUGCAUUCCCAACAAUUCUCAGUUGGUGAAUAAACCUGCUUUUGUUAGAAAUGAGCAGGAUGAUAUAAGAAAGCUUAGAGAACUGGGUUGUUACGUUAAAGCGUCACUGUCAUAGUCUGGGGACUUUGCAGAAUUUGCAGGGGGUUGUGUGGCUGGGGGGAGGCAUGCAAUAGUGAGAUUUACUUACCUGAACCUGUCCCUCACAGGUGCCACUAUCUUCACCUGGAAGGUCCUAUUCAGCUUGCAUUCACUAGAGUACAGCAUUAAGGUUUAUGGAGGAGCCUGCAAGACUGUGGGAUCCUCCAUAGAUGAACAGUCCCUACUUUGUCUCAGUAUAUCUCUUGACUGGGUUGGAAGGUCAGUGAAAUUCCAACAGAGUCCAUAGGAGUAUGUCAUAUGAGUACCUCAAGGUUCUACCUUUAUGAAAUACAAAUCUUUCAGGGUGGGUGACAGUGCCUCUUUAAGAUCACUUCCACCUUUAUAACAUUGAGUUCUAGGAUUUUGGGGAUACUGCCCACACUUCAAUAUAUUACCACAGGAGAGAAUAGUUUCCCUUGGACUUCUAACAGCUAAUUUAUGCUAUUUCUGCUGGUCCCUCACCCAGCUUAAGCUAUUAAAACAGCUUCCAGCUGCUGUUGGACUACACCUCCCAUAAUAAUCUGCCCAUCUAUUGCAUUUAAAGAGUUUUCGGAGUUUGACAACACUGGCUUGAACAAAUAGAAAUGAAAUCUUACUUAUUAUCACAGUGACAGCUGCUGAUCUCAUUUCAGACAACUCUUAAGUGCUUCCACUCAUAGAAACAUCCUUAUGUGCAAGUAAAAAUGAUUGAUGGAAAAAUCCAUAAGCUAUGGUACAUUUGCAGUACCAUACGUGCAAUACAGUGCAUGUUGGUGACAUUGCAUUCACACUUUUGUCCAAUGGUCUUCCUAAAAGUGUGCAAUGUCAUAUAAUCACAGGGAACAUUAUCCAUGCCACUGCAGAUUCCCUUCUUGACAAAGCUCACGCAAAAACACCAUACUUUCAAUUUUCUGUUUGUUGGGAAUAAAUAUAAAUUAGGCCAAAGGUCUGCAAACAUUGGCAUGUGUGCCAUCCAGGGCACAUGAGACUGCGUAAUCUAAAUUAGUGGAAAGAUCAGAGAAUUUCUGCUAUAAAGGAAAUUAAAUAAUUAGAGGCAUAGUUUAGUUGUGCAAAAAAGAGAAUACAUAUUUUCUUUCUUUCUCUUGUGGUACUGCAUAGAUUGCAGUGCUGUUCCUGGUCUGCCACAAGAGGUUGGACUUGGCAUACACUAUGUUAGUCAUCAUAUAAUACGACUUAUGCAUACUAUGUGUAUUUUGAGCCGGCAUGCAUUAAUGCCCUCUGACUACAUAUAGUUAUUGAGGUGCAGACAAGCCACAUAUGAGCAGUAGUCUUUACCCUGCAAAGGAGAAAGGGAGAGGUCUAAAGUGCCCCAUGCAACCAUCAGUAGCACGAGCUGGUGCCACCGGAGUCUCAUAAGAAGCCAAGCAGGGGUGGGAAUGGCAACUGUCAAACACUAUUUUCAUUAUGAAAUGUUUAACACACACAUUUCAUAAGAUGAGGGUGGGUGAAUUUGCAGUGUAGAAAAAUAAGAUGUGGGUCUGGGGUGCUUUGGUGUCCUCACACUGAUCUUCACUACCUAUCUUAUCCUGGCAGUGCCAAUCAUCCGUCACAAACGCUCUCUACAAAGCUUUGACAGUACCUUAACGAAUGUUUGAUUGAAAUUGCAUAACUUGUUAAAGGGACACUCCAGGCACCCAGACCACUUCUGCCCAUUAACCCUGCAACUGUAAAUAUUGCAGUUUUCAUAAACUGCAAUAUUUAUAUUGCAGGGUUAACUCCUCCUCUAGUGACUGUCUACUAGACAGCCACUAGAGGGCACUUUCGCGUUUCUAGCACAGCUUUUCUCUGCUAUAGCGUUGCUGGACGUCCUCACACGAUGUGAGGACCUCCAGCGUCACUAAAAUCCCCAUAGGAAAGCAUUUUCAAUGCUUUCCUAUGGGGAGGUUGCGUGUGUGGCAUUGCCGCGCAUGCGCAUUAGGUCUCCCCCGGCAGCCGCGCAUGCGCAAUAGGUCUCCCACGUCGGAUGAGGUCGGCGGGGGAGGAGCGUGGGUGGACCCUGAACCAGCGCAGAGGGACAUGGGUACAGGUAAGUCACUGAAGGGGUUUUCACCCCUUCAGCAACCUGGGAUGGGGGUGGGAGAGGGGACCUGCAGUGCCAGGAAAAUGGUUUGUUUUCCUGGCACUGGAGAGUCCCUUUAAAAAAGUAGUUUUCAUGUGAAUUUUGCUUGCACAGGUGUAAGGUCUUGGUCUUAAUCAUGUAUCUUGAUACUUAGCACAGUUCCCAAAUUAGUAUUGUGCUGUUUAUAGUUGAAAGGUGUACAGCAUGAUUUAUUUUUACAAACAAAUAAAAUUAACUGUUGAUAGUGAGAUUUUAUUAUUUAAUAAGCAAAGUGUACAAGCAUUCACCAACACAGAAUGAUCGGUAUACACAGCAUACAACAACAAUAUGCAGCAUUAUUUUAGGCAUGUUGCAUAUUUUACAUACACUGCAUGUUUUUUGUAAAUUUUAUUUUGAAUGUGAGAUACAAAAGAUAUCAACAACUUAAAAGCAGUCAUGGGUUAUUGGCAAUUGCAAAGUACAGAUACAGUGUCCCUUUAAUCAGCAAAAUCCUAAUUUUGCAUAUUGAAUCAGUUUUCAGGUAAUUGGCUCAAUAAAACAAAUCACCCCUUUGGACACAUACAGUUUUUAGUUUUGCUUGGGUGGCAUCUUACAAUGGACUUUAUGAUUAAUUUUUACCAGUAGUUCAUUCCUCAAAUGUAUAUUUUUGUCAUUAAAAUUAUACACACUGACUCCCUGUUUGGUUACUGUUUAGGUUUUUGUUCAGUGUGUUGUUUCAUUGCUGCUUUUCCUUUGGUAUUUUGCUUGUAGUCUGCUAGAAAUUCUCUAGAGGGUGCUAAUGUUUCAGUUCAGAUUAUUUAGAUAUUUCUUUAACACACUGACUCAUUAUUAUUUUUAAUUGACAUUUAUAUAUUAUUAUUAGCAUUCAUAUAGCACCAACUUAUUCUACAGCGCUUUUUAAUAUUUGAAAGAGGGGAAAUUUAAAAUCAAAGGAGGCAGUUACAAAACGCUUUAGGAACAAUAGCUUGAUGAGGACCCUGCUCAAAAGAGCUUACAGUUUUUAUAUAGCUCCAAUGAACCCUUCAGCGCUUUACAAUUUUAAUAUAGGAAAAUAUCAGCAAAUAUGGAACAAACUAUUACAUUUGGUAACAGUAAGCAGUUUAUUAAAGACCCUGCUUGAAUCAGUUGACCGCAUAGAGAAGACAAGGUAGAACAACACAAGAGGGAGGACAACAGGAGGAUAAGAGCAACAUUCUCAGAAGAUAAACACAUUGUAAAACAUGCUGUUUAUAUAACCCCUUUACGGUGUCGAAUAUCAUCCAGUAGUAUUGCUGUCUUUCAACCCCACCCAACUUUAUCCUUCAAUAACCCUUAUACACUCUAUGAAUAAUGUAUGUUGAGGUGUAAGUGUAGGGUUGCUGUAUUUCUCAUUCAGAGAGAUUCUGUGGUUCUGCAGUUGUUGAAUGAUAGUACCCGUCAGUGUGAUUCUGAGAUUAAUUAGAUCCUCCUCUGGUGUUAAAAGGACACUGGCCAAAUACAAAAUAAAUAAAAAAUACUUUGUAUUAGAUAUACACCAAAUGAAAACUUGAAUGCAUUUAAUUAUGUAUUUUUUUUUUUCAUUGGGCAUUGUAGCGAAGCUGUAGUCCUGACAAGGACUUUUCUCAGCUGGAUCCGUGGUAACUGAAAUUAUGGAACAAGGCGCUGUGAAGUGAAUAGCUCUAUUCCUCCCCAAUAACUGGACUACAUACAGUUCUGGGAGUACAAUUGAGGUUUAUUGUGCCACAUUCUGCUUUUUAUGCACAAACCUCCAGCAUGGGGUCUCCAUACAAAACAACACAAACCCCUCCCAGGCGUCACUGUGUCUGGGAGAUAAAUUGUCUCAAAGACUGUUAACUUAAUUAUCUCUCAGUUAGAGGGAACCAACAUAAAUAUUAAAAACACCCCCAAAAUACAUUCAAACUACACAGGAACCCCACAAGUCUUAUAUCUCUAAAUAGCCUGGAUCUGAGUUCCCAAGUUGUCCAAAUAGCACUCAGAUCCAUUCGGUAGAACGGAAUGGCUGUUCGGGUAAAGUUCUGAUCGGCCUGCCAUGAGGUGGUAGCCCAAAACAAUUCCAGGGAAAAAGAGGAAGCUGCUGGUCAACUUGCGUACACCGACAAAGGCUCCCCCUGGCUGUUAGGAAGUGAAUGCUCCUCCCAGUCGGUAGUAUAUUCCUCCCAACAGCGCUCUUCUGACUCGUCUGUGCGCAGAGCAGGCAAUGGUACAGUUUUCCGCGAGACAACUUAGCUGAAAGGAGUUCCAGACAUUCGACGACCAUGUACCGCUGCUUGCAUUCGGGAGACAAAAUGACCGCCAUUCACUAGAGCAUGUGUGUUUGGUGAUACGAAUGGCGGCCACCCAGGGAAAGCACUCAAGCUAAUUACGUCUUUGAUGUUAACAAGCCAGGGGGUGGUUGGUGUUCGGGAGUGUUAAAGGGGGGGAAAUUAGUCUUUGUGAAAUGAACAAGGGGGGUAUGAACAACCGAACAGAGAGGGGAACAAGUCUGCUAAAGGCAUAUACCUAAAAACAGCUUGCAAAUAAUGCAGAUUUCUGUUCCGCUGCCUUUGCAAGAUCUCACCUACCCCACCCAGACUUUCUGUGGCUGUCCAAUCACAGCCUUCCCAAUACAGCUCAAUAGGAACUCUUUGCAAAACAGGUGCUCUGGGCAAUUGCUGCCUCUUGAGGUCAGCUGCAUUAAGCUAACAAAGCCAGGAAGUAACAGAACUGAUAGUCUGCGUGAAAGCCAGACGGGUGUUACCAGGUUAAUUUAUAAAAGUGUCAAUUUCUAUUGAAAUCUGCGCUAUUUCCAAAAUGAAAGAGAUGACACACUCUUCACUCAUAAAGCUUUUUAGCAAGCUAGCAUUGUUUUGGGGUCUGGAGACCAAAAGCUGAAUGGUGGGACAGGAUCCAUAAAUCAGGGCUGUCCCACCAAACACAGAAAGAAGAGAUAUUCCUUUAUUAUCAGAUGCACACACUUCUAUAAAAAUGAGGCAUAUCAUAUUAGCAUUACCAAAACGUAUUUACUCUAAUUUUAUGCAGAAAUCGGAGCUACAUAUAAUUAUUACCAAUGAUCUUUGGUAUUUUAGUUAUCUUUGCGUUGUGUUAACUGAGAAGGCAACUAGCAAUUUCAGUUACAAGAGACACAGAAGUUUUUUGUUUUGUCUUAUUUGUUGAUGUACAUAGUUUUAAUUGUUUGCAGAUGCUCUUCCAGUGCAUGUUCGGUCUCCCUAAGGCUUAUUUUCUAUUGGGAAUAUAUAGUGAGCAUUAAUAGGAAAUUAAAUCUCAUGUGACUACCACCUACUUUACUUCCAAUCUCAGAAAGCAACUAAUGAUAGCCAAUGGUCAGAGAUGUAAUUAUCAAGGAACGCUAACCUCUGUUUUAUUUUUUACAGUAAAUUAAAAUUCGUAUAGUGGAAGAUAAGUUGCUAUAAACAUAAUUGUUGAGUUUGUUUUAUUUAAAGCAAUCGUCCUACAUGAAAGAGGAAGGUCUUGUAUAUUUAUUACUUUUAAUUAGCACAGUUGACAUUUGAUUUAAUAAUUGAAAAUACGGUUAAACUCUUAGCUGCAUAUUUAGAAUAUAAAUAGAUGCUAAUUAAACCUGCUAUUAAGAAUGGCCUUCCACAAAAUGAAUUGUAGCAAUAAAUACAUGCAGUCAUUUCAGCUGUCACUUGCACAGUUACAUUGAAGGCAACAAAUUAUCCCUAAAAUUUAGACUGUGCUUAGUUGACCAAUCAAGCUGCUAAAUUUAGGCCAAAACUCGCAGUUUAGAAUUUAGUGCACUCAAAGCAAACCUAUUGAAUAGAACCAGUUUCCUUUUUUAUUUUAUGUCUAACUAUUUUUGUGACAAUUUCAGUGGAUUAUAAUGUAUUAAAGGACCGAACAGAAGAACAAAGAUCAAAUAGUAAGACUUCAACAGGAAAUAUAAAAUAUAUGUAUUUUAAAGGGAUUUUUUAAUUUUAUUUGUUAGAACAUACCAGAGCUCCCAUACUCCAAAUUAGUACCACUGCCAAGUCUGCUUCCUCGCUACCACCAGAGGACUCUGGAGCCCUUCAGAUCCAGUCGCCGAAGCUUGACUGAGGUCUCUGAGGGCCUCUUUCAAAGGACCAAGCUGCCAUGGUUAUAGCUCUGGAGACUCUCUCCCAUGUAAAGCAGUGAAUAUAGCUUUUCCCCACACAUUCGUGAAGACUGAAUGUAAGGGAGUAGAAUUCAGCUUUAUUGCAAACAAAACUGCUAUUUACACUGAGAAACGCAAUGCAAUUGCCCUUACAAUUGUUCCACCCCAGUGCCACUCUGUCUGAGAUCUUUAUUGCAUCAUCCCCAGCUAACUAGAUAGACUCCCUGCUGAGCCUUCUCAGACUUGGAGGCAAUAGUACAAAAUGUGCCUCCAGAUCCUGGCACUUUUCAAAAAGAACACAAGUAAGAACCAAUGAAUUGUCUCUUGUUAUAUGCUUUUUCUCAGAGACAUACCGUAUUUUUCCGUGUAUUUACCCCUAUGUAUAAGACAUCCCUAUUUUUUGAGCCCAAAAUUAAGAAAUAAAUAUUUUAAACAUCAAAUAGAACAACUUUGAUAUUUUAGAGGUGACUUCUGAGGAGAACAAAACACUUCUGAUUCUCAUGCCUCCCCUGUGCUAUGGUACUCUGUGAAGUUAAUGGCUGUGAAGCAAGACCUACCUGAGGUGGAGCAUACCUUAAUAUGGCUGUUCCUUUUAUGGUGUGUCAUGUCUCUGGAGCUCUGUUGGUGGUAAGCGCUAAUGUCUGCUGCAGCUCCCACACAUAUAGGGACUUCUUCCUCCUUGCCACAGCAUUCGGUUUGGCAGGAGGGAAUCCAGGUAUGUGUAUGGACCAUGGCACACUGAAACACGGCAGGCCCCAUCUUGGCUUAGGCCCUGCGCACAAGUGUUUUUUUUUGUUUGUUUUUUUUUUAAACCCUUGCAAUAACAUUCCUUGUAUAAGACGAAACUCAAUUUGAGACAAUUUUUUUUGAAAAAAAAACACUUAUACAGGGAAAAAUAGGAUAUAUAUAUAUAUAUAUAUAUAUAUGUUUUUAAUAUGUUUUAUAACUCUGUCAGUAGCACAGAAGAGACCAUUGUAUCAUGUUGCAUUCCAAUGGGGCAAAAAAAUACCCCUCAUUAUUACUGCACAAAAAACAAUACAAGUGGUGUGUAUAUAUAAUAGUGACAAUAAGCUCUAAACACCUGUGUGGUAUCCCCUAUACCAACACCGAAUACAUAUAAUACAGACACAAUAGGGGGAGCAAAUAGUAUACUUCCCUCGAAUAUCCGUCAGUUCAGCAAAAACAGAGGGUUAUACAAUAUUGCACACAACUCACAAUAUUGAAUAGAAAUAUAACAUAUGAAAAACACACUCACAAGAGUAGAGCCAUAUAUUAAACCUGGCUCUGGUGUGGAUAACUAGAGGAUCUAUAGAAAAAAAGACGAAAAAUGGGGCAGACAGUCCACUCACAAAAAAGUGGGUGGAAUGCCUAGCCUCAUUCAAAGUACCUCAUAAUGUAAAUAGUCACAUAGAAGAGGAUAAACAACCUUUAUUAGAAAAAAAUGCUAAAAUGGUAUAUAGUCCAAAUACUAUUACCGUACACUAAAAUAGUGUAUUGAUUAUAAGUUAACCACCAAAUUUGUAAAAGCCUGGGAGAGGCUAAUCCUGCAAGGUAGGUUUGACUUAAUAAAGGUGUAAAAAUACAGCUAAAAUAAUAAAUGGGUAACAAAGCAGGUUAGUCUAAAUCCAUUCUAGGAAAGGACCCAGCUGGGUAAUUGGAUAGAAAAAGGAUAGUCUUAGAGCAGUGUCUGAGAGAAUCUGGAAAGGGCAGGGUUAAUAGCAACUAAUGGGGCGCGCCCAAACUGAUAUCGAGUAGCUUAUACUAAAGAGAAAAGGAGCUAAUACCCCAUAAAGAGAGGAAAGAUAGAAACCCCCCCCCCCUUUUUUGUCACCAUAAAAAAACUAACUAUCCCAAGAACAAAACUGCUGCUUCGUGGCAGCCUAUCCAAAUCCCUAAGUCUGUAUCAGGAGAAAAUAUAGGCGCAAACUCAUGCGCUGUGGAAACCCAGGUAAAUGAGAGAUGAGAGUAAAGAAAAUCAAUUGAGUAUAAUAGCAUCGGCUAAAUUAACCACUAAACUUAUAAAAGCCUGGGAGAGGCUAAUCCUGCAAGGUAUGUUUGACUUAAUAGAGGUGUAAAAAUACACCUAAAAUAGUAAAUGGGUAACAAAGCAGGUUAGUCUAAAUCCAUUCUAGGAAAGGACCCAGCUGGGUAACUGGAUAGAAAAAGGAUAGUCUUAGAGCAGUGUCUGAGAGAAUCUGGAAAGGGCAGGGUUAAUAGCAACUAAUGGGGUGCACCCAAACUAAUAUCAAGUAGCUUAUAUUAAACAGAAAAGGAGCUAAUACCCCACAAAGAGAGGAAAGAUAGAACCCCCCCCCCCGAGUCACCCUAAAAAACUAACUAUCCUAAAAGAAACGGCAAAACUAACUGCUGCUUCAUGGCAGCCUAUCCAAAUCCCUAAGUCUGUAUCAGAAGAAAAUAUAGGCGCAAACACAUGCGCUGUGGAAACCCAGGUAAAUGAAAGAUGAGUAAAGAAAAUCAAUUGAGUAUAAUAGCAUCAGCUAGAAAAUAUCUCAACGCGCGUUUCGGCGUUUUAGAUACUCCUUUGUCAAGAGCUACCUGGUAAGUGACACGGGAAGCAGUUAUAAAGGGGAUAUAGACACACCCUUCAAUUAAAGCCCUCCAAUCAAAAGACCACAGGUUGUGAAAGAGUGACAGGUGACCUCGCCUGCAUAUUGAACCAAUCGGAGGAGGUGGGAGUGGUCAUCCUAUUCACUCAGUAUACACUAAUGGCAAAAUAAAAAAAAGUACAUGUUGCAAUUAAGGCUCAAAGCUAAAGUAAGUAUGUUUUUAACAAAAAAGUAACAAAACAUCAAAGCAGAUUAGCACAGUAACAACAUUCAUCCAGAAAGGAGUAUAAGGAUGCAAGGUUAAAUGAUAAUAAAAAUAAUAAAUAUUCAGUUCAAAGGCUAGAAAGAACGGCAAAUAAUCGCUUUAAGGGUAUAUUGAGAAAUAAUAAAAGCCGUAUAAGCCUUACUAAACUCUAGGUGUUAUAUCAAACAAGACUUUAGAGAAUAAAAAACCAUAUAGACCUUGCUAGACGCCAAGUGUGUAUUGAAAAUAAGCUGUUUAAAGGAGACUCACACCAUAAAAAGGUUGAGUUUAAUACCUGUGUAUAUAAACGAUUGACUGGUAUAUAUAUAUAAAUAUGUUAUAUUGUAUAUAGACAGGGCUUGCUAAAGAGUAAAGUAACUCAAAAGGAAGGGUGACAGAAUAUCCUUUAUAUGACACAUGUUAACAUGGAUGUCCCAUGAUCCACUUGCCAGUAUUAAAGGUUGUAACCAUACAUUGUAUACUAAAAAUGAUCACAGGGAAAGAUGAGUCUGCCAAUAGGAAGACCGAUUAUAUUAUAUGUAUUAUGCAAUAUAGGAAAAAAAACAGAUUAUAAAAGAUAUCAUUUUAUUUAGUUAAAGUUAGAUGAAAUUUAUUAAAGGCAAAGAGCACUAAAUAAUUCAGAUAAAUGGAGAAAAAUAAAACCCCUCAUUGAGUCCUCUUGGAUUGAGGGUAUUAAAUUUAUAAAUCCACCUGCAUUCUUUCUGGCGCAGAAUUUUGUCAAAAUCACCCCGUCUCUGAUCACGUUUCACAAGUUCUAAGCCACAGAAACGUAUAUCUUUUGAUAACCCACCAUGUUGUUCCUUUAGAUGUCUUGAAAUGGGGGUAUCAAGUCAAUUUUUAGGUGAUCUAACGUGUUCUUUAAAUGGACGAAAGGUUUUACCCACAUACAUCAACUUGCAACUACAGGUAAGCAGGUAUAUAACCCCUACUGAGUUGCAAUUAAAGAAGUGGGUAAUCUGGAAGGAUUGUUUGCCUUCACUAUCCAUCACCUCCUUUGAAUCUCUAAGGAUAAAUUUACAAGCCACACAUCUCCCACAGCCAAAAGAACCUACAGGGAUUUUUCUACCGAGCCACGUACUGUUAGAAGGUUGUUUAGAAGUAAAGUGGCUAGGUACGAGAAUAUCACGGAGGUUCCUACCUCUUCGGGCUGUAAUGGAGACUUGUGGGCCCAAAAUCUCCUUAAGUAGAAUCGGCCAGAACUUUUGCAUCGAGCUUUUAACAGUAUCCCAACCAGUAUCGAAUGUACCAAUCAUUCUUAUGUUUUAUCCGAAGUCUUCAUCGAUGUUGGGAAGUUGGACAAAAAGGCCACCCUGUCAGCUUUCAAAGCUCUGUUAUAUGCCUUCUUCAAACAUCUAUUAGGAUAACCCUUCUCUUUGAACUGCUGUCUCAAGAUUUUAGCUUUAAUCUGGAAGUCCUUGAGAUCCGUGCAAUUGCGUCGUAGUCUAAGGUACUGUCCAGUGGGAAUACCUUGUUUCAAAGGUCUUGGAUGACAGCUAUUCCAUUUGAGAAGUGAAUUGGAUGCAGAGGGUUUCCUAAACAGAGUAGUGACAAGGGAACCAUUCUUAGAGAUAGAAAUCGUAAGGUCCAUAAAAUUCAAAGAGGACCCUCCAAACUCUGCGGUAAAUUUGAGGUUUCUUCCAACUAGAGGAUCUAUUUUGGGUGAUCCAAAUCCCUUUGUGUGUGGUCUGGAUGCCUAAUUCAGAUGCUUGGACUGGAUUCUUGUGGUAGUCACCUCCCAGCAGUGAAUAGCAGGAAAUCCAAAUAGGUAAAAAAUGAAAAUUUAUUAAGUAUACAGAUAAAAAUAAAUGUAGAUAAAAUUAUAUGCUAUAAAACAUCGCCAAAACGCGUUUUGCCCAACGUGGCUUCUUCAGUUGGCUUUAUCAAUGUUCCCAAGUCCAUGAAAACCUUUUAUAUAUUCCCUGCAUUCUGAUUUCGCGAUCUUUUUUAGUUAGUGUAACCCUAAUGUUUGUUAUGCUAGAUAGCACAAAGUGAGGUAGAAAAACCAGAGCUUAAAGUGACAGUGCAUGAGAUGGUGAACAUAAACAGAUAUUAUUUAAAAUGGCAGUAUUAUUUUAUCGGGUUUGUUUUUAUAAUUUAGAAAGUAAGAUAAUAGAUACAGAAGUUGUCUUAUUAAUACACCUGUACAUAUGGCACAUGUACAUAUUGCAUUAUAAGGAAGAUUAUUCAAUAAUAAAUAGUUUAAAAAAUACUGAAAGAUUCUAAACUAAUUAAAAACAAUUUAAUAAAAAAUAAUUACAGUAAAAAAUGGCACAACUCAAAAUCUUGAUUAAGACCGUAUGGGAUCAACGUGUUAAAAUUAAAAAUACACUUCAUUUCCUCUUCUCCUAUUUUCUUGUUAAAAUCUCCCCCCCUCCAAUCUUUCUGUACUAACUUAAUGGCACAGAAGAACAUAUUUCUAGGGUCAUUAUCAUGAUGCAUUUUAAAAUGAUUUGAAACACUACGUGUUUCCAUGCCCUUCUUAAUGUUCCUUAUAUGUUCUGCUAUGCUUAUGUAUAACCAUCUAGUAGUUCUUCCUACAUAAAUGAGGUCACAGGGUCAUUUUAAAAUGUAAAUUACGUUUUUGGAGAAACAGGUUAACUGAUUAUUAAUAUAAAAUUUCUUAUCCUUUUUAUAAUGAAAAGAAGUAAUAUGCCUUUUUUUUCUGAUUUGUUUCUCUACAAGCCAGACAGGAUCCACAACCAUAAAAACGUUUAUUACUAUUUUAAAAAUGCUCUGUUUGUUUUGUCUUAAAACUACUUUUUACUAACAACUUUUUCAUGCUUAUGUAUAACCAUCUAGUAGUUCUUCCUACAUAAAUGAGGUCACAGGGUCAUUUUAAAAUGUAAAUUACGUUUUUGGAGAAACAGGUUAACUGAUUAUUAAUAUAAAAUUUCUUAUCCUUUUUAUAAUGAAAAGAAGUAAUAUGCCUUUUUUUUCUGAUUUGUUUCUCUACAAGCCAGACAGGAUCCACAACCAUAAAAACGUUUAUUACUAUUUUAAAAAUGCUCUGUUUGUUUUGUCUUAAAACUACUUUUUACUAACAACUUUUUCAUAUUUUUACAACCCCUCUGUACUAUCUUUGGCUCAGGGGGCAAAAUCUGCUUUAAGAUCGGAUCGUCUUGUAGAAUCGACCAAUAUAUUUUUUAAUAAUUUUCCUUAUUUUCACAUUGUUCCCACUAUAAUUACAUAUAAAGGGAAUAUUACUUGUGUUCAUAUUCAUCAAUUGUCUUCUCUUCUUUGAUAUGUCCCCUUUAUGUCUAAUAAGAUCUUUUCUAUUGGUUUUCCUAACAUCUUCCAUACAAGCCGAUAGUUCCAUAGCAUCGUAGCCUCUUUCUAUGAAUUGUUGUUUUAUUUUCUCUGCUUGUGAUACAUAUUCACUGUCUAGCGUGCAGUUUCUCUUUAUUCUUAAAACUUGACUCUUUGGGGCAUUCGCCAACCAGGGGGUAUAAUGGCACGUUGAAAACGCAGCAAUAGGCUCGAUCACGUGGUCUGACCACGCAGACAUACUCCUAUCUAUCGAAAUCCCACACACAACCAGAAACUGGUCCUGGAGACUCAACCCCACACACCUCCACAACGCACUCAUAAGGGACAUAAUUAGACAGGACAUCACUGAUUACUUCGACAUCAACAAGGACUCCGUCUCCUCUGCGAGCACCUUGUGGGUGUAAACAAAACCCCACUCCCGCCCUGACAGCCCAACUUCAAACACAAAGACAGGAAAUACAACGAUUCAUGACACAGGAUUUAAAAAAGCAAUUUAGUGGACAAGACAGAUGUUUUAAGAAAAGUCAAAUAAAGCUGACCCACUCCUAGCUCGCAGGCUCUGUCAAAGGAUACAAAAUAAACACAUAUUACACCUGACACCUGACGGCCAGACAUACACCCAGACCAAAUCGCGACAAUAUUUAAAAACUACUACUCCUCUCUAUACGAUCACAAUCCUCACACUCCUCGGCAACAUUCCGCCUCCACGCAUGCAAAGAUAGAGGAAUUCCUGAGUCACAUCCCCUUGCCCACACUGGCAGAGAAGGGAGGGCCCGGACGGGUUCUCCGGCUUAUACUAUAAGACGUUCCGGACACUACUCCUCCCACAUCUUCUGUCCUUGUUUACCUCCUUUAUGGGUGGAGACCUUCCGCCCCCAGACAUGCUCCAGGCCAACAUCUGUCUACUCUCGAAGCCACACAAGAAUCUCCUAGACGCAGGCCACUAUCGCCCAACAUCAUUAAUUAAACACAGAUGUUAAACUAUUCACAAAAAUACUGGCCAACCGCUUUCACCCCUUUCUCCACCUAGACCAGCUUUGUUUUAUUCCUCAAUGCCAAGCAUGCGAUAACACUAGAAGAACGUAUGACCUGAUUUGGACAGCAAGUCAACGGCGGAGGCCAACCCUCCUGCUCUCCCUUGACGCUGAAAAGGCGUUCAACCGCAUACUCUGUCUGGCCUUACUUGAUUGCAACUCUGGAAAAACUUGGCUUCCCGGCGAUUUUCGUGGAGGCUAUUAGGGGACUAUAUUCCCGCCCAACCGCGCGCCUCCUGAUGCCGAACACCCAACACCCAUCAUUCACAAUCCAUAAUGGCAAACGCCAAGGAUGCCCCCUAUCACCACUACUCUUUGCCCUAUCCCUGCAGCCCCUCCUUAUGAAACUCAGACAGGACAAAUCUAUAACAGGGAUAAAAAUUUGCAACGAGGAAUAUAAAAUUGCAGCAUACACGGACGACUUAUUGCUAACACUUACCAACCCCACUUCCUCCUUGCCCCCACUUCUGGCCCUUUUCGAUGAUUAUGCAGAUGUAUCGGGAUAUAAGUUAAACCUAAGUAAAACAGAAGCUCUACCAAUCCACAUCCCAACCAAGAUGCUCUCAGAACUGAAAGGGGACUAACCGUUCCACUAUGAGACCCAGAGUAUACACUUUCUAGGCACACACCUAUCGACAGACCUACAACUCACAUACCGAAUUAAUUAUCUCCCACAGCUUGAAAAAGCACACCAGGACCUGGAGGCCUGGCAAAAUUUGUCCAUCUCCUGGCUGGGUUGUCUGGCAUUUGUUAAAAUGAACCUGAUUCCUUUAUCUGUUCCAGACUCUCCCCAUCCCCAUAUCCAGGUCAGAUUUCAAGACCCUGCAAUCCCGAAUGACAGAUUCAUAUGAGCAGGGAAAAGAGCCAGAAUCAAAUAAUCAACAUUAUAUGUACCACAUAAGAGGGGCUACCCAACCUUUGGGACUAUUUCUAAGCUGCCCAACUGGCACAGAUACAAAAUUUGCAGGCACCAGCAGGGCUCAAACUGUGGGUUGACUUGGAACACGAUAUGUUCGGCUGUGACUUCCCCUCUCUAUACAUAUGGCUACUGAAACACGACAGGCCGUACAUCCCCCCCCCACUUCACCAGCAAUAACGCACUCAAUCCAAAUAUUGGAUAGGAUGACCCGCAAUCAUGACAUCAUUACCCCAUCCCCAUUAACGCGAGUCUUACGGAACAAUCCAUUUCAACCAGGUAUGUCACCACAACACUUCGCACGGUUCAAAGAUAAAAAAAUCUGGUUAGAUUCUAUCACUUCUUCCGGGGACAACAACUCACACCCUUUCCGGACCUACCACGCACCACUCCCCUUACCACUUUUGACCAUUUCAGGUAUCUUCAGAUCAGGAGCCUACUAUCCAACCCAACCAACCGUAAAGCAGCCACCUCCACCCACACCGCAUUCGAGAGGAUUUGCAUACACACACCCAUACAACGGGGACAAAUCUCAACUAUAUACAGUAUCCUACACUCCACUAACUCCCCUGAUGCCCUCUCAUAUGUGGUGGCUUUUGGGGAGGGACAUAGGCCCUCCUGAGGACCCUUCCAACUGGAGGGAAAUCUGGGAGGCCUCUGCAUCAAUCUCUAUCUGUGUCACCCACAUGGAACAGGCGUACAAUACAAUGUUCCACUGGUACAUUACCCCCCUCAGGCUAAAACAAAUGGCCUCUCAUCAUUGCUGGAAGGGUUGUGGGGAACAGGGAACCUGCCCCCAUUUCGCCCAACUCUGGAGCAACAUGGUCCAAACCGUCAAUAGGACGUUACACAGCAAUCUCCCAAUGGAGAUUAAGGAUUUGGCUCCUAUCCAAAUCCUUAACCAGUGCUCAAAACAAACUCACUGGCCACUCUGAGAGCCACAGCUAUGCACUGGGGAAGUAACAAACUCCCUUCCACACCGGAAGUACUUCGGAAAAUCGAGGAGGCUAUAGAGAUGGAAAAACUGUCGGCCCUGGUCCAUGACAUCUCGAAAUCUUUCCAUAGAAUAUGGGAUCCGUGGAUGCUGGGAUUCACACCUGUACUUUGACAGACAUGAGGGCCUACUCUCCCCACCUAUACUUAUCUCUCUUUUCCCUUGCUCCUUUUUCCACGUCAUCUUCUCCCCCUCUGCUCCACCCACCCCUCCUAUUCCCCUAUCACCCACCCCUCUUUUUUUCUUUCCCUUCCCCACCUACAGAUACUCUUAUGACCCGCCAUGACUAACACAGGAAAACACUCAACUCAAACAUAGAAAAAUAAGGUAGAACACUAUUGAAGGGGCAAUUUGGAGGGAGCAGAGGGUGGAUGGGGACAACCGGGACAAACUGGGAAACUCCCUUCCACGCAGAGUGCCUGCCGCAAUUUAUACUGUUGUUAAAACAUACAAUCCAGAAUGUUACCUCAACACAUUUGAAAAGGGGUAGCUCUGAUUCAGGGGUCGUGACUUGGAGAUCAUCAAAUCUGGUGGUCUCAGCCAAUGCAAUGCUUCACAUAGGAAAGCAUUCGGAGGCUAUUAGGCAUGUGCAGCAACACGCUGCGCAAGUCAGCAUCAAUUAAUUAAUUGAAUCAAUUAAUCUCAAUGAGGAACUUUCAGUGUCUCCAAAUGAAGCAUGUAGAUGCUGAACAUCAGUGCUGCACAUUGUGCAGAUGAGUGACUGCCACUAGAGAUGUUCCUAGGCAGUAAAAUAAACACUGCCUUUUCUCGGAAAAGGCAGUGUUUACAUUAAAGAGCCCGCAAGGACAGGCAGUAGACACCAGUACAACUACGUUAAGCUGUAGUUGUUCUGGUGACUAUAGUAGGGAUCGACCGAUAUUGAUUUUUUAGAGCCGAUACCGAUACCGAUAAUCUGCGAACUUUCAGGCCGAUAGCCGAUAUCUUGCCGAUAUUCUGUACAUUUACUAUUUUGAAUAAAUAAACUAAUUCGAAAGGUAAAUGCACAAAAUAUACAUGCCACAUGUAGUGGAUGAAGUGUGUUUAGACAGGGGAACUGUGUGUGUUUGUGUAGUGUGUGUGUGUGUGUGUAGUGGAUGCAGAGUGUGUGUAUAUAAUGCAGUGUUUAUGUAGUGUGUGUGUAUAAUGCAGUGUGUUUUUGUGUGUGUAUGUAAUGCAGUGUGUGUGUGUUUGUGUAGUGUGUAUGUAUGUAAUGCAGUGUGUGUUUGUGUAGUGUGUGUUUGUGUAGUGUGUAUGUAAUGCAGUGUGUGUGUCUGUGUAGUGUGUAUGUAAUGUAGUAUGUGCACUGUGUUUGUGUAGUGUGUAUGUAAUGCAGUGUGUGUAUGUAAUGCAGUGUGUGUGCAGUGUAGUGUGUGCAGUGUGUCUGUAAUGCAGUAUGUGUGCAGUGUGUGUUUGUGUAGUGUGUGUUUGUGUAGUGUGUAUGUAAUGCAGUGUGUGUGCCUGUGUAGUGUGUGUGUAUGUAAUGCAGUAUGUGUACUGUGUUUGUGUAGUGUGUAUGUAAUGCAGUGUGUGUGUAGUGUGUGUUUGUGGUGUGUGUGUAGUGUCUGUCUGUGUAGUGUGUGUAUGUAAUGCAGUGUGUGUAUGUAAUGCAGUAUGUGUUUGUGUGUGUGUGUGUUUGUGUAGUGAUGUAAUUUGUGUAAUUUAUUUUAAUAUUUUUUUUAAUAUUUAAAAAUGUUUUUAUUUUUUGUUUAGUCCCCCCUCCCUGCUUCUUACCAGGGAGGGGGAUAUAGUAUCCCCUGGUGGUCCAGUGGCUUGUUAAGUACAGUGGUGGCUCAGCAGCAGCAAGCGCUGACUUACCUUGCAAGCAGCUCCAGCAGCUCCCUGUGUAAAUCUCGCGGCUCUUAGUGCCGCGCGGAGCGUUGCCAUGGUAACCCGUGGCAACGCUCUGCGGCCGCGGGUCUCGCGAGAUUUACACAGGGAGCUGUAGGAGCUGCAUGCAAGGUAAGUCAGCGCUUGCGGCUGGCCCCCACAGGACCGCCGGGCUUAUAAUGGGCCCGGCGGCCCUGUUAUAUAUUAUCGGCAAUAUCGGUAUCUGAAUUGGCCGAUACCGAUAUUGCCGAAAAUACCAAAUAUCGGCCGAUAAUAUCGGCCAGACCGAUAAUCGGUCGAUCCCUAGACUAUAGUGUUCAUUUAAAUAUUUGCUCAUUUUAAAAAAAAUACCAGCUAAGAUCAUAAAAUGAAUAGGGUUAUUCACUAAUUGAUUAUUCAAGAUGACUUCAAAAUGAAGUUCAAAUUUAAUGUCAAAUUAGCUAAAUUGAAAACAAUUUCUGUCAGAUUUGCUUUCACUUUGUCUACUCUGACCUUAAAUUUGAAAGUACCUUUGAAAUCUCAUCUUAGUAAAUAACGUUGUAAUUGCUAAUGAGUUACUCCAAGCCCCAUGACCAUUUCAGUGAUUUAAAGUGGUCAUGGUGCCUCGUGUCUGUAUGUGCAGCAUUUUCCUAUGAAACACUGAAAUAUGUAGAAUAUCAUCAUUGGGCAUCAUUAACCAACAUAGAACAAGAGUUUUGGGCUGGCUAAUAUCGAUUCUGUGCAAAUUAACACUGGUCUUCCAGUCCUCCCCUCAGCCUACCCUCCCUGAAUUCCCCCCCUUCACCAGACAUAACCUCCCUUGCCAGUGACAUAAGCAAAAGAAGAUAUGACUGCAGGGAGAACUUGCUUGGACACUGCAGCGGGGGCUAGAUUUGUUUUUUUGUUUGUUUCAUCUUUGGGGCAACAGACCAGGCUAGCAAGGUUUACUCCAGUCAAACCAGUGUUUUCUUACAGUUUUGUUUAACCCCUUAAGGACGGAGUCAAAUGUACACGUUGUGAACGAAACAAAAUGUAAAGAAAACCUGGCAUUUGCGCUACAUGUCUGUCCAACCGUAAUUCACCUCUUUCAUAGUAAAUACACCCACCCUUAUUAUAUAUCAUUUUAUUCAGGGGAAACAAGGCUUUCAUUUAAUAUCAAAUAUUUAGCUAUGAAACAUAAUUUAAUAUGAAAAAAACUGGAGAAAAUAAGAUUUUUUAUUUUUUUAUUUUUUUUUAGUUCUACAUGACAUUUUAACUGUCAAUGUCUUAAUACUGUUUGCUUUUACUGCAAUAAAAUACACAUUUGUAUUCAGCAAAGUCUCACGUGUAAAACAGUACCCCCUAUGUACAGGUUUUAUGACAUUUUGGGAAGUUACAGGGUCAAAUAUAGCAUGUUACAUUUGAAAUUGAAAUUCGCCAGAUUGGUUACGUUGCCUUUGGGACUUUAUAGUAGCCCAGGAAAGAAAUUUACACCCAUAAUGGCAUACCAUUUGCAAUAGUAGACAACCCAAGGUAUUGCAAAUGGGGUAUGUCCAGGGGAGGGCUGGCAGCCUUAGGCCUGGGGGGCAAAAUCAGUCAAGUGGCCCAUUGCACCACCAAAUCAGUGCAAUGGUGCCCACCUUUUCCUGGUUUUAUAACGGAUAUUGAUGUUAUGCUAAUCACUAGCUCUUUGCCAUACCCGCUCCUUCACAGCUCUGACUUUCAAUGUUGUCAAAGCGCAGGCUGAGAAUCUCUGAGCGUGUGCUCUGACUCACUAACUGAGCGCCGGAACCACGAGGGAGAGGCUAUAAUCUGACUGCACCUACUACUGGUGCGUACCAGUGGACCACCAGCGAAUCGUUUAAAUUGAAUAGGCUGGUGUCCCCAACUUGUGAGCUGUGUUGUCCGCCGGGCGCCUCUGUUGUGAUGGCACCCUGCGUGACCGCACAGCGUGCACACCCCAACGGCUGGCCCUGCUGACACACACUGAUGUUACUACUUAGAAAUCCCUCAAUAUUAAUACAGACAUCAGAGUAAACACCAAUAAACUGUGGAAACAGAGCUGAUCCCCUCAAAUUUAUAAAGAUUUGCUUACUGGAUUUGUUGUAAGAUUAAAUCAUGCCUCCUCCUCUCUCUCUCUCCCAUGCGCUGCUCUGUAAGCUGGGAGGAAGUGAAGAGUAAUCACAAUCUCCCAGCACAGUGGCACCUGUGGCUGCAUGGGGAACAGCUGUAUUUCCCGCCCCCCAUGUGACAUCACAAUGCCCCACCUAUAUGAGCUGCCAUACGAACUAACGCCAGUGCUGCUCACAGUGUGUGUUUACAUUAAAAAGCCUGCAGGGACCGGCUAUAGACACCAGAACCACUUCAUUAAGCUCCAGUCGUUCUGGGAAAUAUAGUGUCCCUUUAAUGUGAGGUAAAUUAUAGAUUAGUGUCACUAAUAAUAUACUAGAUUGCCUACUUACAACCAAAUGAGGAUAAUGAUGGGCUGCAGUUUGGCUCCACUGGUCUGGUGUAGAACAGGAUCUCUGGAGGCUGUUUGCAACUGUGAUCACAAAAUUCAAUGUUCUGAGAGAAUUGGAAGCAGCUCCAUUUUUUGGGGGCCCCUUACACAGCUCAAGGUCUGGGCCCCAGGGCCUGACGGUGAGUAUGCGCACAAGGCCCACUCAUAAGUCCACUUAUAUGUUCCACCCACCCAUGAGUUCGCUCACAGGAAGUGGAGUGUGUAGGGGAUGUGUUAUGUGUUAUUGUAGAGGAUCUAAUAUGUGUGCUUAUGGUAUGUAGUGUAUAGGGAUACCAGUUUGUGUAGGUGAUGCACUGUGUUUGUGUGUAGUGGAAACAGUGUGUAUUUGUGUAUAAGGGAUGUAUUGUGUGUUUCUGGUUGUGUGUAAGGGAUGCAUUGUGUGAAUCUGUGUUUGUAUGCAUAAGGGAUACAAGGUAUCCCUUCACAGAGCGCUCAGGCGGCUGCAGCAUUUAAAGGGCCGGCCCUGCAGUGGCCGGUCCUGACAGAAUUUAGGGCGGCCUGGGGGGCAAUUGCCUCCCUGCCCCCCGGCCCAGCCCGCCCCUGGGUAUGUCCAGUCUUUUUUAGUAGCCAUUUGGUCACAAACACUGGCCAAAGUUAGCGUUAGUAUUUGUGUGAAAAAUGCAAAAAACGCCAAUUUUGGCCAGUGUUUGUGACUAAGUGGCUACUAAAAAAGACUGGACAUACCCCGUUUGCAAUACCUUGGGUUGUCUACUAUUGCAAAUGGUAUGCCAUCAUAGGGGUAAUUUUCAUUCUUGGGCUACCAUAGGGUCUCAAAGGCAACGUAACCAAUCUGGCGAAUUUUAAUGUGAAAAAAAUGAAACGCAAGCCUUAUAUUUGACACUGUAACUUUUAAAAACACCAUAAAACCUGUACAUGAGGGGUACUGUUGUACUCGGGAGACUUUGCUGAACACAAAUAUUUGUGUUUCAAAACAGCAAAAAGUAUCACAGCAAUAAUAUCGUCCGUGUAAGUGCUGUUUGUGCAUGAAAAAUGCAAAAAACUGGACUUUUACUGGCGAUAUCAUCGUUGUAAUACAUUUUACUGUUUUGAAACACUAAUAUUUGUGUUCAGCGAAGUCUCCCGAGUAGAACAGUACCCCCCAUGUACAGGUUUUAUGGUGUCUUGGAAAGUUAUAGGGUUAAAUAUAGUGCUAACAAAUUAAAUUCCCUUUACUUUCGGCAUGGGUUGUCAGGCAGGUCCCGCUAAUUGUAAUUAAUUAAGAUACCUAAUUACGUAAAAAUAUUACAUAAAUAUAUAUGUAGAAUUAAUAUAUGUAUAUAUAUGUAUGUGAAUCUAUAUGUGUGUGUGUGUAUAUAUAUAUAUAUAUAUAUAUAUAUAAAAAUAAUUUUUUUUGUAAAUAUUUUUAUUUAUAUAUAGGUGUGUAUAUAUAUAGUGAUACAUACGUAUAUAUUUAUGUAUGUAGAUAUAUAUAUUAUUUCGUUCUACGUGUAUUUUGAUAUAAAUAUAUAUAUAUAUAUUAAUAUCACAAUACAGUUAGAACGAAAUAACACACAUCUAUAUAUAUAUUUUUUUUUUUUCGUAUAUAAAUUUUUAUUUUUCAUUUUUUUUUAAAAAAUUCCAUCCAAAUGCAAUCUCAUAAUUAGAUAUUACAUUAUGGUGCAAUAUUUUACUUUACAAUAGAUUUUAUAGUUACACAUAAGUUUAAUAUAACCAUAAUUCAUACACUUGAACAUUAGCUGCAUUAUCAACAUUCAAACCAGAGAGAAAAAAAAAAAAGAAAUAGAGAAAAUAACAUACAUUUCCUCUAUCUUACUGUCAGUUCACAAUGGUGCUACCUAAGUAUGGCUAUCUAUAGGAGGGGGGUUGUGUUUUUACGGCUAAGAUAUCUAACCCAAGGGGCCCAAGUUUCAUCGUAUUUCUCUCUGGCUAACUUAUUUGAGGCUACCCCAGCUUCCAUCCUACGUUGAUAAUCUAUUUGUAUACAUAUGUCAUGCCAGUUUAACGAGCCCAUGUUUCUCCAAUUUCUGGCCAUAACUAUUUUUAUUGCCAUAAAGGAGUGAAUCAUAAGGAUUUUUUGUUUUAUGUUAACUAUUGGCACAUCUAAAUGAAACAGGAACAUUUGAGCCGUGAUAACAGUUUGGACCUUCAAAAUAGAGUCCACCAAAUCCGAUAAAGUCGUUUUCAUAGAUUUCAACUCCUCACAAUCCCACCAGAUGUGGGAGAAAGAACCUAACUCCCUACCACAUCUCCAACAAUCUGGUAGAAUUGUGGGUUGAAAUCUCUGGAGGCGAGUAGGCACCAGAUACCAACGAUACACCAAUUUAAAAUACACUUCCUGUAUAUUCACCCCAUGUAUAUGUCUUUUUACUGAUUGUAGGGCCAAAAUCCAAUCUUCAACCGAGGAUGAAAAGUGGAGUUCCUGCUCCCAGUUAUUCAUUGCCGAUGCUUUAACUAUUUGCCUUUGGCAUCUUGUAAAUUGAUUAAAUCUAGAUGCAAUUUUUUUUUUUAUAGUGAAAUGCUACAAACUGGUCUAAUGAAGAAGUUUCCGAGAAAACAUUUCCCAUAAUAAAGGAUUUUAUUCUUAGGUAAUUAAAUAUUUCCUUCGAAGGGAGAUUAUAAUUGAACUGUAACAUUGCGAAUGGCAAUAUUUUGUUAUCAUUUAAAAGUUCCGCAAUUUUUACAAUUCCACACUUUUCCCAUUCUUGAAAAUUUAUAUUUUUUUAUAUAAUAUUUUAGACAUAUUAAUGGGGCAUUUCUUGAUAUAUAUUUAGUUCCAUAUUUUUUUUUUAGAUAUUUUACAAUAUAGAUCAUUGUGUUAUUCAUCGGAUUACUAGAUCUUAUAUUAUUUACGAAUUCACUAUCACACCACCAGAGAAAUAAAGGUUCAAUAUUACAGAGAUCCGUUUUUUCGAUAUCUAACCAAACUGGUCUUGACAUUGUAAAAUUAUCACAUUUAAUUAAGUGUGCUACCAUAUUGUUCAUAUAUAAUUUCUGUAUAUCUGGGAAAGAAGUUCCCCCUUCCUUCCAAUGUCUCUGUAAAAUUUCCAGUGAUACUCUAGGUCUCUUGUCUUGCCAUAUAUAAUCCGAAACCUGUUUUUGAAGACCGCGCAUCGUCUGGAGCGAUACCCUCAGCGGGAGGUUACUAAACAAAAAUGUCAAUUUGGGGAGUAAAUAAGAGUUUACCGCUUCGAUUCUUCCCAGCCAGGAUAAUUCCAGUCCCUUCCAAUUUUUUAGAAUACUCCUAAAUUGGGUAGCUAUUUCUGUAUAAUUAAGUUCACCAAUUUCCCUAUAAUCCAGAGAUAGUCUUACCCCUAAAUAUUUUAUAUUCCUUGCUUCCCAAUCACAUUUAAAUUCCUUUUUAAGUUUUUUUACCCCAGGCCCAUUUAGACCUCUUGUCAGGAUUUGUGUUUUUUUUAUAUUUAUUUUAUAGCCUGAAUAUUUACUAUACUCAUUAAUAAGACAAAAUACAGCUGGAAUAGAUCUAAUAGGGUCUGUAAGAGUCAAUAGAACGUCGUCUGCAUAAAGUGCAAUUUUGUUCUCCAGACUGUUCACUUUUAGCCCGCUAAUAUCAUCAUUCUGUCUAAUCACGGCUGCCAGCGGUUCUAUAGAAAGGAUAUAUAACAGAGGUGCCAAAGGGCAACCCUGUUGCGUCCCAUUUCUAAUUGGGAACCAGUUUGAUUGAAACAUAAAUCCUGAAACUCUAGCUUGAGGAUCUUUAUAUAACGCCAUUGUACAAUCUUUAAACAGACCCUCUAUGCCGAAGGCCUUCAAAACCUCUUCCAAGUACUUCCAAUUAACACGGUCGAAGGCCUUCUCGGCAUCAAGGGUUAUCAUAGCGAAAGGGGACAGACUUUGGUCCGCAUGGUAUAAAACAUUCAGUAAUUUCCUAAUGUUGUCCGAUGUACCUCUGCCUUCUACAAAUCCACUCUGAUCUAUAUGAACAAUAUCAGGUAUAUUUUGUUUGAGUCUAUCGGCCAAAAUUCUAGAAUAUACUUUAAUAUCUAGAUUAAUAAGAGAAAUUGGUCUAUAGUUCGAAGUAUAAAUUGGAUCCUUAUCUACCUUAGGGACUGGCGUUAUAGAGGCCUGGAGUAAUUCGGAUGGGAUAGUUUUAUGGCUGACAAAUUCUUUAAAUGUCUUCAGUAAAUAUGGGGAAAUUAUAUCAUUUAACUUUUUAUAGAAAAUCGAUGAAAAUCCAUCUGGACCUGGUGCUUUGCCCGGUAUUAAUACUUUAAUGGUAUCGCUAAUCUCCUGGAUGGAAAAUGGAGCAUUAAGCUGAUUUAAUUUCUCAAUAGAUAUCUUUGGCAAGCCUAAUUUAUCCAGGAAAUUCUUUUAAAUUUUUAAUUUUAAAUUAUAUAAACUUUUAUAAUAUUCUUCAAAUGCAUUUGCUAUUUGGGUUGGUGAAAAAAGUUUUUUAUUUCCAGCUAUUAUAUAGUUUAUAGAUUGAAGUUUAUUUUAUUUUUUUUAAUUUAUUUGAAAGAUUUUUCCCUGUUUUAUUAUUUCCAUAAUACCAUCCCUGCUUUAAUACUAACAUUGCUUUAUCAAUUUUUUCUUGAGUUCUUAUUAGUAUUUUUUUCCUGAUCUCCUUAAUAUCCUCCAGAAUUCUAUGGUCUAAAGUAGUCUUAUGUAAACGUUCUUGUUUUGCUAAGUCAAUAUUAAGCUCAUUCAACUCUUUUCCCUUCUUUUUCUUUAUAUUGGCACCCAAUUUUAUAAGACAUCCUCUCAUAUAUGAUUUAAAAGUACACCACAGCAUAGCUUUAGAGACGUCCCCUGUAUCAUUGAUUUCCAAAAAUUCUCUGGCCUGAAUACGCAGUUCUUCUACAUUACUUUCUGAUUUUAAUAGAGUUUCGUUUAGUCGCCAUCUAUCUCUGCGUUUAUAUUCCACAUUAUUAUUUAUGACUAAACUUACUGGUGCGUGAUCAGACCAUGUUAUGGGCCCAAUUAUCACUUUAUUAACUCGCUCUAAAGUUUCAGAUUUAACCAAAAAAUAGUCGAUUCUAGUAUAUGUCUGAUGACCAUUUGAAUAAAACGUAUAAUCUCGCUCUUCUGGGUUAAAUGUUCUCCAGGAAUCAUAUAAACAAUUUUUUGCUAAAAAAGUCUGCAUCAUUGAUGGACCUAUUUUUUGAUUAUCCUCCUUAUCCAUGAGUUUAGUUCUAUUCCUGUCCACUUUGUUAUCUAUAGUGCAAUUAAAAUCCCCGCCAAUAAUUAGGCUUCCAGACGAUACACGGUCAACCUUUUGCAUCAGAUUACCCAGAAAUCUACAUGGAAGUUGAUCUGGAGCAUAGACAUUUACCAAUGUAUAUAAAAUAUCGUUAAUUCGAACUAUCACUAUGAGAAACCUACCACCAAGGUCGGCCUCUUCAUAAACCAACUCAUAUUUCAAACUACUUGAGAAGAAGAUUGCCACUCCUCUUUUCUUAUUCUUUCCUACCAAAUUAGAUCUAUGUACCACUGGAAAUUUUUUAUAGUUCCAUACAUUAGAUGUAGAGUUAACCCAAUGUGUUUCUUGAACGAAACCAAUAUCUGUUUUGCUGUCUAUCAAUAACUUAUACAAGUAACCUCUUUUCUGUCCUGAGUUUAAGCCCCUUGCGUUAAUAGAUAGUAUAUUAAGUGACAUCCUGCCGCACUUCGCCCCACACCCUCCUCCCCUCUAGCCUCCUCUCAGGUAGCAUCCAACACACCGAUCCACUCCCCAUACCUUCCCCAUUCAACCAUCCACUCAUACCUGCCCCAGUUGGAAAUAUAAAAUUAAACCUCCUGGAGAAGUUCAAACAACAAUCAUUUAGAACAUUUGUUCCAUAAUAUGAAGUACUAUAUAUAGUCUUCAUAUCUAACCCUGCUGCCGUCGCAGGACCUUGAACCAGGAUAGUGGGCCAUUUACCUCGCUCUACCCCCUUAAUCUGAAUUUCAACCCCGAACACAACAAAAAAAAUAAAAUAAAAAUAAUAAUUUUGUUAAAUCUAUAAGAUCUUGUGAAUAUUGUGAACCUCCUUUUCAUUCAUUUCGUGCAUCUAAUUUUAAUUAUGUGUCUAAUAAUCACUAUCUUUAAACUCUUCCUCCAUAUUUAUUACUUUAAAUGUGAAUCUAUCUCCUUAUUCUUCACUUUCUUUACUUUAAAUCUUAUAUAUAUGUGUCAACAAAAUAUUUACAGAUACUAUAACUGUUAAGUUGAUAAAUAUAAAUUAUAAAAACCCUUUUAGUGAAUACCAUAAGACUCCAUUGUAUUCGUUCCAUGCAACUAAACCUGAUUGUGUAUCUAUAUAUAUAAAUUUUAACUUUAAACUAUUCCUCCAUAUUCAUUACUUUAAAUAUAAAUCUAUCCUUAUUUUUAGAUUGUAAAUAUCACUCUACAUCACUCUAUAACAUUUCCAUUUCCAUUUCCACAAAAAAAAAAAAUUUUUUUAAAGAGUAAGUUUCAGAGUUAUCAAUUUCUGUUUAAGUGCCAUAUUGUCUUUAAAGAUAUAUGUUUGAUCUUUUAAAAAGACCAUAAUUGCCAUCGGAAACAGCCACUUGUAUCUUAUCUCCUUGUUCCUAAGGUUUGCCGUUUCCUCUGAAAAGGUUCUUCUUGCUUGUCUUGUUUUUUGAGAUAAGUCUUGAAAAACUUUUAAAUGUCUCCAUUCUUCAGUGUCUAGAGUCCCAUUCCUUGUUUUCUGCAUUAUUAAGUUUUUUAUCCGAAAGCUAGAAAAACAGAUCAUAACAUCUCUUGGAUAAGAUUUAUCAAUUCCAUUUGGUCUGGACAAUCUAUGAAAUCUUUCAAAGGUUUCAGGGCCCAGCGUCUGUCGAGACAAAAUUCUUGAGAAAAAACUGUCCAGAUAAGAAUAUAAGUCCUCUUGUGUUAUUGAUUCUGGUAUACCUCUAACUCUUAUAUUAUUUCUCCUGGAGCGAUCUUCUAAGUUUGUCAAUUUAAUCUCGACGUCGUUCAAUCUUUUCUCUAGCUGUGUAUUAAAUGCUUUGAUUUGUUCGUAUUCCUCUUGUACUUUUUGUAAUAUUGUUGCCUGACUUGAGAGUUUCUCAGAGAAAGUGGCAAUUUCCGAUCUGAGAUCAUUUGUGUUAUGUUCAAAAUCCAUUUUAAUUUUUUUAUGCAGAUUGUCCAACAUUUUGGUUAAUAAUUGUUGCGUUAAUCCCUGUGUGUUUGGCAAAUGUGGAUAGUCAUCCUCUGAUAUAUUUGAUAUUUGGUGUAUCGAGAGCUCAGCAUUUUCUAAGGGCAAAGAUUUUCGUUGCCUCUCUGAUUCUAUAGAUGGCAUUUUAGGAGAAUAAAAUGUGCCAAUUGUUGCCUUCUUUCUCUCAGUAGUUUGGGUUUUCUCUUUCUUAGGAGCCAUAUGUAAUAAUAAUAAUAAAUCUCUCAAAAUUUUUUUCUUCACUUAAGGAUAUUAUGUAGUUCUUUGACGCGUAUAUCUUUAAAGGGUUUCCUUCACCUUUUUUUCUUCCUUUCUUUCUUCCUUCUCCUUUCUCUUUCUCUUUCUUCUUACAGGUAUUAUUAGCUGAUAAGUUUUGACUUAUAAAUUCAUCCCUCCAGGCUUCCUUAUUUAAGAUGGAUUCUGGCUUUUAUGUAUUUUUUUUUUCCUUUUUUCUUUUUUUUCCUUUUUCCUCUUUCUUUUUUCUUUCCCUUCCUUUCUUUUGUCUCUCCUUUUCCUUCUCUUUUCUUUUUCUUUCCUCCAAUACCCUUCUUCUCUUUCCCUUCCUCCUUUUUCCUCUCUUUUUCUAUCUUUUGUUGUAACUUUAUUGUGACUUUAAAUUUUAGAUUUCAGGUAGCUAUCUCUUUAAAUAGCAAUCCUUAAAUUAUCACUUCAAGUAUGAGAUAAAGAUAGGGGUCAAUGGAGGUCAAUAACAAAUAGAUGGGAAAGUAACAAAUUACAAAAUAUUCACAAAUAUUAUUUUAUACACCUUAGGACUGUUCUCAUGUCCAUCACAUCAAUGCCAGAAGCCAGUUUUCUUAAAAAAAAAUACCCGUAAGCCGUCGGCUCAUUAACAACCCAAUCUCCUUUUUUUUUUUAUGCCAUCAAAAAAUAUUUACUGCAGCAUUAGAGCAUUUGGGCAGCAAUAAAGAAAGGAAGCAUUCAAUUCAAUUACUCAGCCACCUAGCAUGGUCUGCAGCCUGAGAUCUUUUCCUCCUCUUCAGCACCGCCGAGCUCAGCGUCCUCACUGCCUCGGUGCCUCGCCGCUUCAUUGCCGCUUCAUUGCCUCACUUCCUGGUCUGGAAAAGCGCGCAGUCCUGCCGCUGACGUACGCACCUACGUCACGUACUGCCCGCCCAUCCAGCACCCAUUUUGCAUCUAUAUAUUUUUUAAUAAUUUUUUUAAAUAAUUUUUUUAAUUUUUGUUUUAACGUAGUUACAUAUUUAAUUUUUUUAUAUUAUAUAUAAAUAUAUAUAUAUAUAUAUAUAACAAUAAUUAUAUAUAUAUAUAUUUAAUCAGUAUCAGUCUACGUGUAAUUUGAUAUUAAUAUAUAUAUAAUUAUAUAUUAAUAGUAAAAUACACCUAAACAGUGUAUGUAUAUGUGUGUAUAUAUACUUAGAUCAUAUAUAUAUGUAAUAUAUAUAUAUAUGAUCUAAGUAUAUAUAUAUAUAUUUUUUACACUUAAUUGACUUAUUUUAUUUUUAUUUUCAGCCAGCAGGGGGACCACCUGUCAUUACAGGCAGCCCCCCUGCAGCCUACCUGGCCAUGUGAUUGUGGGGUCCUCGCAAGAACCUCACUCUCACAUGGCCGGGGGGCUUCCAGGGGGUCGGACGUACCGCAGGGGCGCUCCCUGGGAGUCCCCCGAACUGCGAUCGCCGGCGACCCGGUAAGUACAGAAAGACCGGAGGGCAUACAAUUAUGCCCGGCGGCGUUUAGAGCCGCCUAAAAUAGGGCGUAAUUGUACGCCCUCCGGUCUUAGGGGGUUAAGGACUGAGGCAGUUGUACAAGUUGUGAUAAAAAGAAAAACGUAAACAAAACUUUGAAUUUGCGCUAUGUCUCUUCAACCAGAAUUCACCUCUUUCAUAUUAAAUGCAUACACUUAUUAUAUAUAAUUUUGUUCAGUAGAAAUAGGGCUUUCAUGUCAUAUCAAAUAUUUAUAUAUGAAACAUAAUUUAAUAUUAAUAAAAUAUAAAAACAAAAUGUGAGAAAUUUGUGACUAAGUGGCUACUAAAAAAGACUGGACAUACCCCAUUUGCCUACCUUUUGUAAAGGGUAUCAUGGGGGGUAAUUCUCAUUCCUGGGCUACCAUAUGGUCUCAAAGGCAACAUAACCAAUUUGAAAAAGCCUUAUAUUUGACUCUGUAACUUUUGAAAACACCAUUAAACCUGUACAUCGGGGGCACUGUUAUACUUGGGAGACGUUGAACAGAAAUAUUCGUGUUUCAUUGAUAUCGUCAGUGAAAGUGCCCUUUGUGUGUGAAAAAUGCAAAAAAUGUCAAGUAUCUAAUGUACUUUUACAUUGUUUUUACUCCAGGCAGGCCACUGCUGUGGACGGCUGCUCCAUCCAUGUGAUCACGACCUUAUCGCGAUCACGUGGCCUGGGAGGGCCAGAUCAGCAGCAGGGGGACUCUGCUACAUACUAUGCUCCCCAUCUGCAUUUAGGAUUGGGUCCCUAAGGACGGCAUAGUACGCCCGCCGUCCUUAAGGGGUUAAUAAACCCAUAAUGAGAACUUACUGACGCUUUAGGACCUGCGUUAAGGGAUAAUCUUACCUGCAUGUGUAUUUUUCUACCAUGGAAAUUACCACUAGAUGGCAGCAUUGCCAAACAGUAUAUGGAAUUCCAACUCACCAUAGCUGGUACAAAAUAAUAGAAAUACAAUAGUAAUAGCUAUUUUUGUAUAUUCAUUUAAAGUUGGUGGCGCUGUAAAGAGGCUGGGCUGGAGCAUAUCUGCUAAUAAGUGUGGAGAUUUAAGCAACGGCAUGGUUAUGGUGAGCUUUGUAAGUAAGCACAAGAAUUUUGAACCACAUCCUAAAUGUAACAGCCAGUGUAAAGACUGACAGAGUUAUGAGGUUUGAGAAUUGAUAGAUGUAAGGUAGAUGAGUCUGGCAGGUGUUCAUUACAGACUGUAGAGGGCAAUCUGGACACUUUUAAGGCCGACAAGCAGAGGGUUUCAAUAAUUAUGUCAGAAAAUAACAAGAUAAUCUUGGAGAAGCAUCUUAGUUGCAUCCUAAAUAAGAAAGGGGGAAAAUAUCAGAAAUGUUUUACAUGAUUUAUAUGAAGGGGGAAGGAAAGGUUAGAGUCAAAGAGCACACCAAGGCAGCAUGCUUGUGUGGUAUAGGUUCUGCCUAAACGCCAUCUAUAUUUAAACAUAAUCUAUAAGUGGUCCAACUUUUUUCACUUUCAAAGUAUUUAUUAUGUGCACUUUCAAAUAUUGCAUAUACUACUUUGCACAUGAAUAUAAUUCUACAUACGCAUUGGAGUUUUGCACUAGUAUGUUCUGUAUUUUAUGUAAUAAUUUUUCACUGUUGCAUUGCUGCGUGGAAAAUCACAAUAUUGUCUUAAAGACACAGCACACCUUUUUAAAGUAUUAAUCUUCUCAAUGAAGUGGAAUGUAAAAAAUAUAACCAUGCUAUUAUUAUGAGGAGGCAAUAUUUCGUGUCACCCUCAUUAGCUUUUACUGGUAUUGUGUGGAUAUAGUAUGCCAGGGUUCAUGUUGGUAUUGAUAGGACAUAGUUUAUCUAGGGUACUGGAGAGGUUAGAGGGUAGUUGCUACAGAAGAGUAUGUGGUAGUAGAGAUCAGAGAGAGGAGAAUCACCCACCCCACCACCCUAAGGGUCACCAGGUUUGUGAGUCCUAGGCAUCCAUAAGAUAGUCAGAGGGGGAGAGACAAGUUUCAGUAAGGGCGAGAAGAUGGAGGGAGUUAGAAAUAGACUAGCAGUGAAUGAAAGUUAAUUUGGCAAUGCUACAGACAGCAGAUAUGAAGCCAGAGGGAAUGUGAACAAAGUAGGGUUCCAAGGGUUAGUAGAAUAAAGGGGAGAAGGGCCAGGGUUAAUUCUGUUGAAUUACCAAAGAUAAACAAAGCAAAUAACAAUUACACUCAGAAUUUUUAGAAUAAAAGUGAAAAGGUAAAAAUUGAGAAAUUGAAGUACAUGGCCCAGUAGUAAGAGAGACCGCCACUUAAAAUCUUUCAAUCACUUUGCUGGCUAGAUGUAUUGAGGAUUUCUGUGUAUGUGAAAGCAGACCUGGGUCUAGAGGUGGAUCCAGGUGAAGGACUUGAAUGGUGAGUGUAGUUCAGCCAGUCUGGAUGAAAGUGUGUCAGUCACUCCAGUGGCGUACACACAACCCAUGGGGCCCUGGUGCGAAAAUUGAUCCGUGGACCCCCCCCCCCUCCCCGCGCUUACUCUGCACGGGCCGGGGCCGCAACACAUGGCGGCAGGCACCUAGUCGCAGGGCUGCGACAGCGGUAUGUACGCCAGUGCAUGCAGAUACACACCUAAAGGACCACUACAGACACCCAGAUCACAUCAGCUCAAUGAAGUGGUCCGGGUGCCAGGUCCCUCUAGUUUUAACCCUGCAGCUGAAAACAUAGCAAUUUCAGAGAAACUGCUAUGUUUCACUGAGGGUUAAUCCAGCCUCUAGUGGCUGUCUCAUUGACAGCCGCUAGAGGCGCUUCCGUGAUUCUCACUGUAAAAAUCAUAGGGAGAAGACGCUGGACGUCCAUAGGAAAGCAUUGAGUAAUGCUUUCCUAUGGGCGGUUUGAAAGCGCGCGCGGCUCUUGCCGCGCAUGCGCAUUCAGAGCUGAGAGGCGGAUCAGGGCGGAGGGUGCUGAAGGGGUUUUAAACACACACUCUCACGAACCAACGCAUAUACACUAGCUAACAGACACACACAUUUACUGACACAGAUACAGACACACUCAGCGACAUACAUACACACUCACUGACAGACACACACAUACACACUCACAAAACAUACAUUCUCACUAACAAACACGCACUCACUAACAGACAUCAAACAGACACACACAAACUAACACAGUAACACACACAGUAACACACUCACACACUCAUUGACACACAAACUAACACACACUCAAUAACAGACACACACAAACUAACACACUCAUUGACAUUAGCAGACAUACACACACAGUAACACACACUGACACAAAAACUAACACUAACACACACACUCUAAUACUAACACACAUACACACAAACUUUUUUUUUAAAUGUGAUCCCCCAGCCUCCCUACCUUUGGUGCUGCUGGGCGGCCGGUCCUGUGCGCGCGAGGGAGCACUGAGAUUCUCAUGUUCAUUUCCUUUGCAUGCCACUUACUGAUGCCGGAACCGGAAUAUGACAUCAUAUUCCGGCUCCAGCAUCACUGCGCUGGGCAGAGAGCGCUCAGGGGAGAGUGCUCCCUCGCGCGCCCGCAGGACCGGUCGGUGACACCAGGGCCAGCCUGAGGGGCCCUGAGGUGGCCAGCUCAUGGGCCCCCACAGGAGAAGAGGCUGGCCACACUGGCGUACAUUCCGGGUCGCAGGGCGGCUGGGCCCGGUCGCUGUCGCGACCCCUGCGACCGUGGUAUGUACGCUACUGAGUCACGCAGUUCAAUCAAAGGCAUAAUCAUAGAGGUAGUGUGGAAAUGGAGAGCGAGGGUGCCUGAAAAAUGUUUUAAUUGAAGAGAAAGGAAAAUGGAAGGGGAACACAAGACUUUCCUGCAAGGGGAGAAUCAGUGUGUGCUGAUGACAGACGUAAAAUGUGCACAGAAUUGACAUUAGGGAGUCCAUAACAGAGUCACAUAUGCCAGGGUGUAACUAGCCCCCGGCACACUAGUACAAAUAACUCUAGAUGUAGACUGUUUCAAACUAAAAUGUUGCAAAGCCAGAUUCCUUCCUCCAUGACCACUUAAAAAUGCAGAAGUGGUCAUGGACAUGGGAGUAACCCUUUAAGUGCUCCUGUACACAUUAUACAUUAUUUGUUUAAAGCACAUAUUGUGCUUUCUUCCAAUAUUCUAUGUGUAUAUCAGUGGCGGCUGAUGAAGUUUUAAGAUGGUGGAGUGCCAGAUUCCGCUCCAGAAUUUGACUUCACCCUUUAACUCGGUAGCUUCCAUCUUCUGAUCUGUCUACUUAACCUCAUGUUCUGAACCUCUAAUGGUAGUUCCUAAUCAAUACAGAGUUACCAAUAUAAACUCAGAUCUAGUUAUACUAUAGAGAUAUCCAUGCAAUUCUCAAAGCUGGGUACAAUAUAGAGAAUCAUACAUAAUACACAGAAAUUAAUACAAUAUAGAGAUACUCAUACAAUAUACACAUUUUGUGCUUAUUUGCCACUUUCUCAAGACCACAAACGCUAUGCAAUCCCAACAUGAAUAUAGUUAUACUAAUGCCAUACAGCUCACAGGGACGCCGCGGAAUAUUUCUCCGGUGCUUUGAUUAUAGCACCGGGGAAACAUUACUGCUGAACAAGGACCCGGUCGAGUGGACAGAUCCUUUAAGAUCGCGACUGGACCCCUGUAAUGUCAGCCGGCUGGGAGGAAAUGAAAGCCUGUCACUCCUCCCAGCGUCAUGCAGAGAGACAGCGCGGGAGGAGGCAGCCCCAGCAUGAGGGGAGAGGAGCACGAAGAGCUCCAGACCCCUCACUCCCACCAGUAACAGGACUCCAAACCACCCUUCUGGCACAUAAAGUAAGCUGACAAGAGGGUAGCUGGAGAUAUAAAAAAAAAAAAUCCCUUAAAUGUGUGUGAGUAUGAGUGUGGCAUGUAUCAAUGUUUGGGUGUGUUUCUAUGUGUGUGUAUGUGUCUGUGUGUAUCUAUGUAUGUGUCGGUGUCUAUAUGAAUUUGUGUGUAUCUGUCGUUGUAUUUAUAUGCAUCUUUGUGUUAAUGAAUGAGUGCAUGAAUAUCUGUGUAAGUAUGUAUGUAUGUAUGUAUGUAUGUAUGUGGUAGUGUAUGUGCAUACAUCCAAGCAGUCAAACACUAGCACAACAUACAAGCACACUCCUGCAAUCUAACUCAAAUAUUACAUACACACACCCCUGCAUUAAAAAAAAAUUCAAACACACCCUUCACACAAAUGUACAUCCGUCACUCACCGGCUCGGAAUUGCCGCACUAUUGUCGACGGCUGAUAGCUACUUUACUUACGCCAAGACAAGCUAAGUUGAUCACGAUAGACUCUUGUUUCAGACUCACCAGGGCGGGCCGCCACACCACGCGAAGGAGCUGGUGACUUACUGAUUAAAUUUAUGCGGGACUCUGACAGGGGCAUGAUUAUGGGGGCUUCAAGAGGCUCCCCCACGGUGGCGUUUGAAGGGGCACAACUAACGUUCUACAAAGACUUCUCCAGACACACCAUGAUGUGGAGGAAGUCCUUUCGCCCAGUCACCCAGCUACUCCGGGAACAAGCCAUCCCCUACAAAUGGGGCCCACGCCGACUACAGGCAGAAAAGGCGGGCGAAACACAUAAGCUGUCUCACGCAUCUGAUAUACCAGCCUUCCUGCAGGCACUCGGCCUUCCAGCGCUAACGACACAGCAGUUGACCCAUCCAACAUGGUCUGUAGCGGAGAUUACCCCCUUCGUGCCUAGAAGAGAGGCUCAGAAAACCUCUGCCCUACCAACCUGAAGCAGCAGCAGAGCAGGGCCCACACGCCCUUAACCUGUUGCGCCUGACAAGGGACAUACCUGAUUCGUUCCACGUUUGUUCUUGGUUAUACCCAAUACUGAUGCUGUUGGUUAUUGUUUUUUAUUUUUGUUUCUGUUUUUAUUCUCCCUUUUCCUUCCAACAAUGCUGCUACUUAAUAUCAUGCUCUUCCCAAACCCGCACAAUACUGGCUCCGUAAGCCUUCAUAAUAAUCAUACGUAUUGAGCCAUUUUUACCGCUCCCCCCCUCCUAACAACCAGAGUGCGUUACACAGCUUGAAAUAUACAGCACACUACAUGCUGCACUCUCAGCUAGCGACUUAGAUGACCACACCCAGCUGAGACACACAUACCUUCCCUAGCUCACCUAACUAAGGCCCCACGCUCAACACUAGCACAUUCAAAGGUGCCUUGAUACCAACUACAAGCUAUACCUUGACACAAGCAGGCAGGCACCUAACGCUACAUAAUGCCUUUACUACACAUUACUUAAAAAUAAAAAAGAGGCUGACAAGUUUCGGAGAUGUUGUAUGGUAAACUGUGAUACCCCAUCCUGUAUGACUUUUAUUGUCUCCCUUUCUUUAUUCUGUACCCGUAAAGUCUAUACCUCAAUAAAAGAAAGAAUUCAAAAAAACAAAAAAACAAAAAAAAAACAAAUGUACAUCCGUAUUUAAGAGUGAACAUUACAUUCAGACACACCCCUGCAAUCAAACGCAAACAUUACAUGCAAACACACCCCUGUAUUAAAACACUAACUAUAUACAAGCACCUUCAAACAGCAGCAUUGUACAUUACACUAUAGCACCAGUAAAUGCUGCAGCGCUGUACAGAUAUACAACCUAGACAUUUUGACAUGGGGUGCCUUGGAAAAAUACUGAAAUAUUAAGGGCGCCUUGAACUGAAAAGUUUUGGGAACCACUGAGUUAACCACUAAAUCCACCCACAGGUUCACACUACAGAUACUACCAAAACCUGGUUCUCUGAACACUGAAGACCGGGGCAACAGAAUAAACGUUAAACGGCCAGCACCUUCUAUAUCCGUAUUAGGGACAGCUUAUUGUUUAAACAUAAAGUCAAUACGUAGAACACCUUCACCAAAAAUAAUUAAAAAAAAAAAAUCCUAUAUAUGUGAUUAGACAAUAAAACCCCUAAAUGCAAACUUGUCAAAAUUAAUUAAACAGGUAAAAUGUAAAAUACACUUUAUGUAGCACACACAUUAUAAAGCAGAUAGCUGACCAUUUUAAAACAUCUUGGAUAACACUCAAAGAAUGAACCUUUCACAUAGUAGUCAAAACUAUUACGAUUUAGAUUAUUUUUUUUAUAUAAAUAUUUUUAUUAAUUUUGUCUAUACUAUGUAGACUAUUAAUGGGACAUAAGUAUAAAACGGAUCUUCCAAAUCUUCUGACUGUAGAUGUAACUACCUUUUCUUAUAUGUUACACUUGUAUACUAAAUGUGAAUAAAAAAAGUAGAGACUGGGAACAAAAUCAAACAUUUAACCACCACUCCAAGCCAAAGCUAUGAAGGGAAAACAGUCAUCCUAUACAGUCUUACAGAUCAAUAAAAUGCACACCUAUAAGCAAAAUAUAAUCAGUUAUUCUCUCUCAUUAUACCAAACAUACACACUUUUACUUAUUCAUUUGGUUCACACACUAAAGUUCAGUUUGAACCAAAAAUCAGUGCUAGCUUUAAAUGCUUCACUCUAGAUCAGGGGUAGGCAACCUAGGGCACUAGUGCCAAGCACGUCACUCGAGGUGUCUUUGCACGGCACUCAGGGCUGCUAGAGCCAAACAGGCUCUGGACUAUCAGGAGUCCCAGGUAAACUUCAGAUAUCUGCUAAUGCAAAAAGGUGGUGAAGGGAAAUCCUUAAUUUAUGCAUUGCAGCACGUAGAGGAAGUUAUCUCAGAUCACUUCAUUCCAGCACUUGUGAAUGGGAAUCCACACUGGAGUAGAGCAUCCCGCAACUGCUGUUGCAGCUCCUGUCCUUGAGCUGUACCUGGGCAUCCUAGUCCCCACUGGAACCCAGGGAAGCCACCCACACUGCUAGAUAUACACAGAGCUGCAAAAUAACCCUCCCCUCAUACAAAUAAUACGAACAGCCCACACACAAACACAACACACAAUCCUAACACAACUGACAAUCCACAUACAUACACACAACCCCACAUGCAGCCUCUCACAUGCAAUACCCCAAACAGCCCCACAAUACCACAAACUACUCAUAAACAUAUACAAUAUAAUAGCUCAUAUACGCACAAAUACAACGAUACAAAGCAACUACAGUAUACGUAACAAGCAGAAUACAGCAACAUACACACCUCAAUUUAAAUAAAUAGGACCAGCACGCUACAGGACAUCACAAUCCUAUUUUGGCUCAGUGCUGCUAAAAGGUUGCCUACCCCUGCUCUAGAUAUUACCCUCAUGCAGUUGUUAUAUAGAAUAAACUGUUUAUACAGCUCCAGCCACAGCUCCCCUGGCAAUGACAAACAGGCAACAUGCAAAAAUAGAUUAAAAUAAAACUCCAUGCAUCAAAUACCAAGACCCUUAAACAUUCUCAUAGUUCUCAAAUGUGCUGGCUAUUCUGUGUGAUAUAGCUUCAUACAGUUUUGUUGUAUUUAAGGUCACCAGUGCCUCGGAGAUAAUGGGAGGGGUAGGGGACUUCCAAUGGCAUGCAAUGCAUAGUUUUGCUUUACCCAAAACAUGCAUUGUCAGAAUUCUAUGUGAUCCACGCACCCCAUUUGUGAACAGGUCUAAGAGGAAUGCAUCAGGUUCAAAUGGUAGAGAUAUGUUGGUCAGCUCUCUGAUAAGAGACUGGAUCUGUAGCCAAAAAUGGUUGAGGGGGACAGGCGGCAUAGUACCAGAAAACAUGAUGGGGUGCCUGCACUAGACCAGCAUCUCCAAUUCUGUGGCAAUGAAUUGGGGAACAUGUGUGCAAGCAUUUGCAGCAUCAUAUACCACCUCUUUUAGUUCCUUACUGCGGAUCUCCUAGCGAUUGCUAUUCCGGGAUACUCUCCUUAUGUGAAAAAUUACUCUAUACCACUAUUCAGAUGGGAUGUUUUUCCUUAAUUCCUGUUCCUAUUUUGUCAUAUAGGGUAAUGUAUGCAGUGCAUUUUUGCCAAAAGGAGUAAUAGAGAGCUAAAGUUUUGACUUUGCAUGAUGAGCCUAAAGAAAGUUUAUACAUUUGCUGUACCUUCUCAGGUAGGUGAAUAGUUCCCUAGGAGGUAAAGUAUAUUCUGCAUGCAUAUCCAGGAACAUCUUGAUCUUGGAAUGAGUUACAAUCUGUUGGAUCUGCCUACUCCUUGCCCUAACCGCGCUUUGAAGUGUAGGUCUGGUGAAUACAGUCGGAGAGUAAUCAACAGGACCGAUAGUAGCUUAGGUUCAGGUGCCACCAGUCUGUCUAUCUACCUAUGCUAUACAGAUAAAGAGUUUAGUUGUUUGGAGUAUCAUAGUCAAAGGGGGAUGGAGAUGCUUAGAGUUGGUAGGUGGUUAAAAUUAAGAGCAUAGAGUCCUCCAGUCUUAAGCAAGAUGGCGCUAACGAGUUGGAUAGAGUUGCCCGCACCUGUGAGAUUAUAGUGGCUUUGUAGUAUGUCCUAAUAUCCUGGCCCUCCACCCCUCUCAACCUUCAAUCUUAUUGUGCGAAAUGCAAUACGUGCUUGUAUUUUCCAUAUGUUGUUUUUAUAGUAUAAGACUUUGCCGUAACUUGACAACAGAUCAAUUUGAUUAGGUAGUGAAUUCUCAGGGCUCACCAUGAAUAACAAGAUGUUAUCCGCAAAGAGACUAAUAGAUUGCUCUCCCACCGGAGAACGAAUGCCUGGAUGCCAGCGUGAGCCUUGCUCUGGUGAAUUGGUUCCAAUGCCAGGAUAGAAUUAGGGGUGAGAGAGGGCACCCGUGGCAAAAAUUAUUGGUAAUCUUGAAUGACUUACAAGUAAAGCCCGAAUUCGAGAUUUUUGUUCAAGGCUUAUUGUACAAGGGUAGCCAAAGAAACCAAACUUGCAUAGGGUAGCCUACAUGUAUGUCUAGCUGAUGCGGUUGAAUGCCUUUUCGGCGUCCAACACUAGCAAUACCAUUUGGAAAAAAUGAGGAUUAUUUAUUUAUUUUCUUGGGCACACUGUGUUUUUCUACCUGUGCAUACCUGCCAAGCAUGGAUUGCUUACUUAAGUUUGAAUUUAUAGAAUGCUAGCUAACCUGCACCUAAAUGAUAAAUGGGCAGGCAAAGCAAUCUGAAAUUGUUAGGGCACGUCUUUUUUAAUAUUUUUCUCUUGCUAUUUCUAUAAAAAAAAAAAAACUGUAAAAUUUAAAUAUGCACAGCAUUGAUUUCACAUGGGUUGUGUAGGGGAAUUUAGCUUAACUAAACUAUUGAUUUUUACUCUAAUUAAAUACAAGUUGGGGAUUUUUACUGCAGUGUUUGGAAAGAAUUAACAAUGCAGUCUGGUUAGGUUUAGCCCUUAAUUUUUAGCUUUGAGAUAGUUAUGCGAAAAUAUUCUGAAAUCAUAUGGAGUACUCCUAAAAUCAGGUCAAACACAUGACCAGGGCCAGUGCAAGGAUUUUUGCCACCACCCCAUAUGCUCUGCCCACCAUGUGACAUCACAAUAACCCACUCAUUUGAUCUGCCAAAUGAGCCAACACCAGUGCCCCACACAGUGUCUUUUCUCUGAAAAGGCACUGUGUUUACACUAAAAGGCCUGCAGGGACAGGCUAUAGACACCAGAACCACUACAUUAAGCUGUAGUGGGUCUGGUGACUAUAGUGUCUCUUUAAUGUGAGGUAAAUUAGAGUUAGUGCUACUAAUAAUAUACUGGAUUGCCUACUUACCACCAGAUGAGGACAAGAGGACGAUUAUGGGCUCAGGCUGCAGUCUGGCUCCACUGGUCUGGUGUUAAAACAGGCUCUCUGGAGGCAGUGCUCACAAAAAUCAAUGAACAGGUAGCAGCUUCAUUUUUUGGGGUCCUUUACACAGAUCAUGGUCUGGGCCCCCAGGGCCUGAACGUGAGUAUGCCUUCAAAGCCCGCCCAUAAGCCUUAUGCCUACAAUGCAUACCCAUGAGUUUGCUCACAGGGAGUGGAGUAUAUGUGUGUAGGGGAUGUUAUGUGUUAUUGUAGAGGAUGUAACGUGUGUGUGUGUUCUUAUGAAAUGUAGUGUAUAGGGAUACCUGUUUGUGUAAGGGAUGUAGUGUGUUUGUAUAGGGGAUGCAGUGUAUUUCUUUGUAUGUAAUGUAAUGCAGUGUGUGUGUAAGAGAUACAACAAGAGAAGCAGUGUGUGUGUGUGUAAGGGAUGCAUUGUGUGCUUCUGUGUAUGUGUUCAAGGGCUGCAUUGUGUGUGUUUGUGAGGAAUGCAUUGUGUGUGUAAAGGAUGCAUGGUUUGUUUCUGUGUGUGUGUAGGAUUCAGUGUAUGUUUUGGUGUGUGAGUAGUGAUGCAUUGUAUGUUUUAGGUCAAGUCCCUCUGUGCGUCUCCCUCCUGAGCCCCUCUGUGUGUCUCUUAGUAAUCUUCUUUCCCCUCCUGUCCCUUAUUGCUCUCCCCUGCCUCCCUGUUUCUUAGUGAUCUCCCCCCUCCCCUGAACCUUAGUGGUCUCUCCUCUCCCCCUUCCCUGGUGGUGUCUCUCCCUCUCUUGGUGGACGCUCCCCCCCAUCCACCCCUGGUGGUCUCUCUCCCUCCCAUCCCCUCCCCUUGUGUGUCUCCUACCUCAGUGUAGCGUGGUCGGGCGGCAAGGACCGCAUACAGGAGUUCUGUUUCCUGUAUCCGCCGGCUGGCAAAGCCUCAUGGUAAAAGUCCACAAUAUCUUGAGUGCCGAAGGUUGCUUACCCCUGCAGUAGACAUUAAACUUUUUGUGGCUAGUUUAAUAUUUGCUGUGAUUUUAUAUUUACAACAUCCGAUUAUAUAUUUAUCUUAAGUGUCUUAUUUCUUUUUUUUUUUUUUUUUCAGGAAAAGAAGAUUUCUAAAGGCCUGCAUUUUGUGUAGUUCAUCAAGAUUGUUUUUGCCUUAGUCUAUGUUGGUUCGAAAAAUGCAGGGAAUUUGUUACUCUACAAUGAAAUCCACAUAAAAGAAGAAGCCUCAAAAAUGGUAGAGCUACACCGUUGUAUGGAGUUAAAAAUCUGCAUCAAAAUAUAUUGCAGUAUGUUGACUGCUGACCAAUGGAAGUUUUGGUCUCUUAGUAAUAUGUUUUCUAUUUUUAUACAAUUUUAUUUUAUUAGGUUUUAUUUUUUGUUCUACACAAGUGCAUUAUGUUCAAGGAAUUCUGUUUUGGAACUGAAGCAUACCCAGACUCAGUGCAAUACAUCUUAGUUGAAAAAGACAAAACCUAGAUGCAAAAAUAUUUUUUGUGAUCGUUUCCAUUUGUGAAAAGUAAAAUUGAUUACUAGUCUGAGCGCUGCUAAUUGGUUUUGUGAUAGCUCUGAGAAAAUGUGAAUUAAGUGUUAGUUUGUAAAAGUUAAAAGCUCAGCAUUUAUUGAUGUACCAUUGUCCUGUCUCACAUUUCACUAUGAACGUCAUGUUUCAUUGGGUUACUGAGGUUAUCGGUUUUGUCAACUUAUGUGCUGCAUUAAUUUAAGUGUACUGUACCAAAGGCUUUAAUGUCUGUUUUGUCUUUUUAUAUGAUGACCUUGUCACCAUUGUGCAUAUAUGAACUAUUGUAAUUCCACCAACGUGUCCAUUCAUGUAGGAAUGACUUGUCUUUUCCGUCUGAAAUUAAAGUUUCCCUUCAUUUUUAUUAAACUAUUCUACCCUUUGAAAAAAAAAACAGUAUUAUUAUGGCAAUGUAGCUUAUGAAUUUACAAAUGCAAAUCUUCAAUACAUUUAGAAUGUUCCAGUUGCAUACAAAGUGCUUAAAGGAACACUCUAAAUACCAUAAACACCACAGCUUAUUGUGUAGUUAUGGUGUAAGGAGCUUUUGGUCGCAUCUUUGCCAUUUUUUUGUCAAACAUUUUCAAGCACAUUGACAAAACUGGGGAUCUCCCUGCACACCAAGCUUGGCCCUCUGCUUCAUUUUGUCAUUAUCCAGCCUAAGUUAUCCAGUGGACGGCAAGAGUGGUGACUGUUUAAGCGAGCAAUCCCAGAUUAAACCGCUUUGAAUAGAUGAUGCAAAAAGGAAAUUUUCAUAUUAUCUGAGCAGUAUACAAGGUCUUGUUUUUUGGGGGCUGAAAAAGACUCAUUUAUUUGGGAAACUUCUCAAAAGUACUUAGACAAAAUAUCACACCCAAGACUCUUUGUCUCAUAACCACUGUAAUAACCUGUAGUGUCCAUGGUGCUUAGAGUGACAUUUUUAAAGCAAAUUAUUAUUCUAUAUUAAUGUUGUUUUACACUUUGUCCGACUUGCCAUGUAUGUUCUAAGUCAGAAGGAUAAGUAACAAAAUGCAAAGUGCAGCACUUCUUCCUGGCUCUCAACUAUAUAAACUCCUUCUUGUACAGAUGUAACCAUACUUUGUGUCCAACAGUCCAUGUUUGUUUAUUAAUGGGUUAAUGCAAAUACUGGCUUGAAUAGAACUUUGUUUACUUGGCACAGAAAUAUAGUCAAUACGUCCUGGUGAAUAGCUACACUUAAUAUGGAUGCAUCUGUAUAACCUUGUUGUAAGUGAUCUUGAAAUGUGUCACAGAAAAUUCAAAGUGGUGUGGUGAAGAGAAGUUUGUUUGGAGGUAUCUAUCACUACAAUAAAGCCACAGGUACAUUUUCCAGAUUUUUUUCCUUGCUGCAAACGCACAAGAAAGGCUGUGAAUGUACACAUUUGACAAGUAGUAUCUGUUGUUACCAGUAUCUGUCAAGUAUGAAAUUAUUUUAGAUACUUAUGAGUAUGGGUAAAAUAAGGAUGUUUUUAACCCCACCAUGACAUAAAACAUGCCGUCACCAUCAUUAUUGAUUCACCUCACUUUGAUUCAUUCUUACAAAUGGAUUUUUGUUUGUUUUAUGUGCUGCAUCUAUCGCUUAAAAUUAAUUUUGAUGAUUUUAAAUGCUGCAAUUUGUUUUAAAAUACUUUGAAAUUGUUGGGUGCUCUUUUUGGAAAAUUAAUAAGUUAAUCAUAAUUUUUUCUGAUUUAUAAAACUGUUGCUCGGUGUUAUCAAAGAAAGUACCAGUUAUAAAUCAUCUUUAUAGCACAACCUUGUAUAAACAAAUACCUCUAUUAACCUCUACAUUUAACCUCUAACAUUUUCUACCAAAUACUAUAAAAAAUAGAACAUUACACUUAUACCUCCCCCCCCCCCCUCAAAAAAAAAAAAAAUAUUAAAUAAAUCAUUUUUCUACCUGCUUGGUCUCUUGGAAGGUACAUUAUUGGAUAUUUUGGUAUCAAACCUUUAUAUAGGUAUGUGCAGUUUUUAGAUAAGGAAUAUGAUAAAGAGAACAAUCUAAAGCUGGAUCAGAGCUGCAAGUCCAUAAAUGUAAAUCGUUAUUAAAUUGAAACUCUUAAAUAUUGCAAAUAAAUUUCAGAAGCCCUAAAAAUAUUUUCAUUAGCUGCACAAAUAGCUUCUGCAGCUAUAUUUAUAACCCUUUUUGCCCUUGUUAGUGCAGUCAAAUGCUUCUCACACAGAAGCAUUGAAUAGAAAAUUUAAAUUUCACCCCCCAUCCACCCAACUGCCCAUAGAGAUGGGUGGUUUUAAUGAGAUUUAGAGAUUCAUAUGAACAAAAUAAAUAAUACUUUAAGGCUGUAUUAAUUCAAGUGCAAUCAUAAGUAUUGUUUUUCAUGUGCAUUAAAUUUGUGAGAUGCUAUAUAACUAUAUUGUGGACUAAUAUUCCUAUCAGGCUCAGCCAAGCACUAGAUGAGUUUGUUGUUAUAUUCCACAUAAACAAGUUUACAAACUAUUUAGAAGGUGGCCUCACUAUCCAAUUUCAUCAGAUGUGUUUUUAUUUCUAACAAGCCUCAGCUAGAAUCUUACUUUAAGCAUGGUAUGAGUUGUAGUGCAGCAGGGACAGGCAAUGUCUUGCACUUAUUUAUGGGGUAUACAUUACCAGUAGAAUGGUUCUUCUUUUGCAAAUAGGAAGGACAGAUUUGAAAAAAAAGAAUCGAUUUAUGCUUUUUCUUUAUCAGGGUAUUAAAGUGGUAAACUGCAGCUUAGCAGCAGGAGCUUUGAUACUGAGUGUUUAACUCAGUUAGCACUGCACUGGUUAGUCUGUUCAAGGUGUCUAGGGUUAGUGUGCUACGUGAGCUGAGAGAAAAUUAAAAAGUUGCUCAAAACUAAUAUUGCCAGCCAGAAAGAUCAUGUACCAGCUGGCUGAAUGACAAGCCAUACACACAAAAGGGUAUUUAUAUCCAGAAUUAAACUAUUUAAAAAAGAAAUAAUGUUGGAUAUGGUCUUUAGACAAUAACCCCUUCACUAAGAUGAAGUGGUUAUGGUGCCUAGAGUGACUCUUUAAUAACGGUUUACUUAUUUUUAUGCCAGCUGAUUUAACUCUUAACACUGCCGGGCGUGCUACACCAGCCUGAAAAAUGUGGGCUAUAACACUAUUAUUUUCACAUAAUUAAGUGAUUCUAUUAAAUAUAUAGUGAAGGACAUCUCUGACAACCCAGGCAGAAAGUCCAGAGAAUUUAAUUUGCAAGACCUAUACUUAAUCGUGUACCUUUCCAAAACACUGUAAAACCUUCACUGAAUACAAAUGUGAGUGUUUUGAAACAGUUAAACCUAUAAUGACGAUGAUAUAUUCAAUAAAAGUGUAGUUUUUUGUAUAAAAAAAAAUGCAAAAAACCCCCAAAAUUAACACUAAGUUUGGCCAGAGUUUGUGACUAAGUGGCUAUUAAAAAAGACUGGACAUACCCUAUUUUGAAUACCCUGGGAUGCCUACUUUUUCAAAUGGUAUGCCAUGAUGGGGUACAUUUUCAUUCCUGGGCUGCCAUAUGGUCUCAAAGGCAACAUAGAUCCAGCAAACCAAUCUGGCAAAUUUCAAUGUCUAAAAACUAAAAAAUUAGUAAGCCAUAUAUUUGGCUCUGUAACUUUCCAAAACACCAUAAUACCUGUACAAGGGGGGUACUGUUGUACUUGUGAGACAUUUCUGAACACAAAUAUGUGUGUUUUAUUGCUUUAAAAGCUAACAGUAUUAUAAUAUUCACAGUUAAAAUGCCACACAGAACUAAAAAAAAAUAACAGUCUUAAUUUCUCACACGUUUUUAGAUUUUCUUCAUAUAAAAAUAGUUUCAUAUAUAAAUAUUUCAUGGGAAAUGAAAGCCCUGUUUCUCCUGAACAAAAUUAUAUAUAAUAAGUGUGGGUGCAUUUAAUAUGAGGUAAAUUAUGGUCACACAGACAUAUAGUCAAAUUCCAGGUUUUGUUUUGACCAGCACUUGUACAAUUGCCUCCAUCCUUAACGAGUUAAGAUAUAUUUUCCAUUUCAGAACAUUAAUGGAAAUGGACAAAAUAACAUGUAUUGUGAUGUAAAUGAACAGGUAAAUUUAGAUUAUUAUUUUUUUGCAUAACCUGGUUGUUUAGAAAAAACACUUUUUGAAACUGAGACCUGAUUCCUAUGUUGACCAAAAACAUGCUUUGGUUGAUCUUUCUGUUCUGCAGAUGGUAUUUAGAUUUAAGAUCUAUUAGUAUUCUUAUACAUUUUUUCUACAUUUAAUUUUUAUAUCACCACUCAUGAAUUGUGGGGGAAAGAAUGCAGGAAUAUAUUGGGAAGCUACGUUAGAUAGCUUAUGUUACAUGUGUAUUUAAAAUACUGAUG